UCCCCCUCCUCCUGCCCCCGGCCGGGAGUGAACAUGGCGCUGGCUGCAGAGACACGGAGCAUGUAGGACAAUGAGAGGGAGCGGCGGGCGGGGGCAUGCACAGCGGAUACAUGGACAGUAACCCCCCGGGCAGGAACCGGAGCAGCACCUUCCACACACCGGCACGGCCACAAAAUGGUAACCGACAUCCACAGCCAGGGGGACAGGCAGGGGCCGGGCCUGGACAGCCAGGGGGGGGACAGGGGCAGAGGGGGAUCAGGGGCAGAGGGGGACAGGGGCAGAGGGGGAUCAGGGGCAGGGGCUGGUCUGAGGUACUAGGCACCAUAUACAAGGGGCAGGCCUGGACUAGCAGGGGGUAUCAGCAGGCAGGGGGAACUGGGCACCAUACACAAGGGGCAGGCCUGGGAUAACAGGGGGUAUCAGAUGGCAAGGGCUGGCCUGCUGUACUGGGCAUCACAUAAAAAGGACGACAGGCCUUCAGUGGGGUACUGGGCAUCAGAUGGCAGUGGCAGGCCUGGGGUACUGGGCAUCAGAUGGCAGUGGCAGGCCUGGGGUACUGGGCAUCAGAUGGCAGUGGCAGGCCUGGGGUACUGGGCAUCAGAUGGCAGUGGCAGGUCUGGGGUACUGGGCAUCAGAUGGCAGUGGCAGGCCUGGGGUACUGGGCAUCAGAUGGCAGUGGCAGGCCUGGGGUACUGGGCAUCAUAUAAAUGGGGGAGGCAUUGAAUGGCAGGGGGUGUCAGAUGGCAGGGGCUGGCCUGGGGUUGUAUCAGAUAACAGGGGGCAUCAGGUGGUUUUGGGCAGGCCUGAGAUGGAAGGGAGGCAUUAGAUGGUAGGUCUGGGCUACAGGGGCAGGCCUAGCUGGCAGGGGCUUCAAGGGACAUCAGAUGUCAGGGGCUGGCCAGAGCAGUGGAUUUUGGGGGAACAUAAAAUGGCAGUGGGAGGCCUGGGCAGAGCAUCCAUGGGUGUAUCAGAUGGCAGGAUCUGGCCUAAGCAUGCAGAGGUCAGAAAUCUUCCAAUGUAUAAAAUAACAGGAAUAGAUCAUCCAUGCAGGCAGGGCAUCAUCAGAUGGCAGGAUUAGCAUAGACAGGCAUGGCAUUAAGGAUAGGCAUCUAAUGGCAGGAUCAGUAUACAGAAACAGGGCAUACAUGGACCGGGGGGGGGGGGUCGUCAUUAGAUGACAUGGUCAGGAGAAACAGACAGGGUACAAUCAGAUGACAGGAUCAGCACAGACAGGCAGUGAAUACAGGAGCUUCAGGGGGCCUCAGAUGGCAGCACCAGUAUACACAGGCAGGGCAUACAAGAGACAUCAGAUGGCAGGACCAGUAUAUACAGGCAGGGCAUAAGGAUGUGGGCGUCAGAUGCCAGGAUACUAUCAGAUGGCAGAAUCAGGGCAUACAGGAGCUCCACGGUGGCCAUCAAAUGGCAAAGUCAAGAUAACCUUACAGACAGAGGUACCAUUAGAUGGCAUUUUCAGGACAGCCAAAAAGCACACAGGAUGAGAUGGGGGGAAUGGUAGAAUGUGGGAGUGUUUUCUUAUUAGCAGAUGGGGAAGGGAGAGCAGCAUUGACAAUGGUUGUGCUGUUCCAGUCAGAGUCCACUCCUUGCUCUCUGCAGGGUUUAUUCUGAGAGGUAGGUGUGAUGGGAGAGAGGUAGGCCAGGUCUGGAUAGCACUGGGGAAGCAUGCCGGUGUGUUUAUAUCUUGCAGGACUGGGAUCUCCUGUAUUGUUCUGUUGGCAAAAAAAAAGGAGGGAAGUCUCUCUAAAGAUCUGCAGUUUGCAUUAGAAUGAUGUCUUUACUAUUUUUCAUGUUGCAUUUGACACAUUCUUCGUUGGGAGAAAAUUUUCAGUGUCAGGUACUGAUUAUCGACACAGUUAUAUUUUUCUUCUUGGCUUGUGAAUGCAUGCACAGCACAUUCACAGACCAAUAAGAAAGCAGUAUUUCCUUCUAAUCAGCAGCUGUAAUUUUAUGCAAGCAAUGUAUGGUUUAAUGUACGUCACAAAUUACCUUUUAUGUGCUUUAGUUGUUGACUGCCUUCAAGUCCCAUCAUCCCUAGCCUAAUGGCUGUGCAUAGUUGGAGUUGUGAGUAAUAGCAGUAUGGGAUCCCAUUGAUACUUUCCCUGCUCGCCAGCAUUUUACAUGAAACCGUUUAGGCUUGCAAUCUAUUUUCACUGCAUCCUAGACCUUACUGCAGCCAAGAAGUUCAUGGAUGUAUACAACUCCCAUGAUUCUUUGACUACCCAUUUCAUUCAAUGAAUCAUGGGAGUUGUAGUUCAGCAAUACCUGGAGGACCAGAGUUUGGAGAACCCUGAAUAAUUGUAGUUAUUUGCAGUCAGUGAAAGUAUUGUGUGCUACGUCCAACUUCCUCGCUUUGUAAACUCCUGCACCGGUGUUUGCAGCUGCAUAAUUUAUGAGGCAGUGAAAGUUGUGUGCAUGUCUGCAUUUGCAUGUACAGUGUGGUAGGACUCACACCCACAGGUCCAUGCAACUGUGACACGACCUCCUUGAAACCAAAUAUUAUUUAUAACGUGCAGGAGGAAUUCACAGCUGUGCAUUAGUCUUGCAGCCAGUGGGUUUUUCUUAUUGCUGCUGGAUGUUAAAUGCACAUUAAGUGGUUCCGCCCACCAACAACAGUAACUUUCCACUGGCUGCAGAGACUCUGCCAUCAAGGGGUCCUUUUGUAAAUGUGGUGUAGGGUAGACUUGCAGUAUGUGUGUGUGCGGGGCCUUUAAUAAUAAAUCUACUUUUAUUUUACAGGCCUCUACUCUGUGCAGUUCUGUACAAUCCUGUUAUGCUUUAGUGUAGAGUCUGCGUGUUUAGUUUUUUUUUUUGUUUGUUUGGCGUUUUUCAUUAUUUAGACGCCUCCUAGAUUGUAAGCUUGUUUGAGCAGGGCCCUCUCCCCUCUCCCCCCUUAUUUCUGUUGACUGAUUCAUUUGGCAAUUUCUGCUAUGUAAUGCUGCAGAAUAGGUGAUGAUUAAAGUAAUAAUUAGUAAAGCACAGUCCUAUUCUGCAGAGUUUGUAUAUUGCCGUUCUAGGUAUCUUCUAUUAGAAGACAUGUUUAGGGUAGUGUUAGGGUAUUGUGGGAGUAAGAUGUGCUUGUCUCCGAGCUGUUCAAAAUUAGUGGGAGUUAUAGAAUGCUAUAACUAUUUCAGCUGGCAACUGCUCAUUGGGAGUGUAACUCCCACUAAUCGUGGGCAAACUGGCCUAUAUCUCCUCGUUGAUAUCAAGUGUGUUCAUGCAAUCUACUUCUCUAAUAUUUUUGCAUUAUCAGUUCUGAAUUUAAUUAAUCCCACAUUCUUUUUAUGGCUGUUUAGAUUCUUGGAUUGACACAUGCAUUAUAUGAAGCCAACGUGGAAUAUCACUGUAAUAGGUGGGAUUGUUGCAGGUUUCACUUAUAACCUUUCCAGGAUCCUUCUUUUAAAUGUCGCGGGCUUUUAAAACUUUUUUUGGCCAAUCCUUUCCAAAUAAUUUAUUUGAAAACAUAGAAGUUAAUGUAAUUAACUGCUGUGUGGAUAAAGCAUUUUUAUUUUAUGAUUGUAAGUCAGAUAAACACAGCGAUUCUUGUCUCAUUUCUGUAUACAGCGCCUCAGUAUAUGUUUGCACAUUAUCGAUAAUAGUUUAUGUGCCAUAUAGUUUCUUUACAGUAGACCAUCAUGAUGACUGUGCUAAUGGGGGUGCCACACCUGGCCCUCCAGCUGUUCAGAUACAAUUUAUUUUUUUAAACAAUUCAUGUUUACACUCUUUUUUUAUUAUGAAACGUUUGCAUAGUUUGUACUUUAGAGACAGAUAACUCAUCUCUUCCUCUAUAUACCUUAAAACAUUGGCUGCUAGGAUUUCUUAGUGGCUCCAUUUUGUUGAUCACAUGAAAAUUCUUGAUGAAAAUUUUACUUUUCUUUAAUUACAUCUCAAAUGUGUCCAGUUUUAACCUCUUACUUACCAUGCAUAUGCAAAUACUAUACUUUUAUGAUAUUCCUAAUCUGUCUCCUUGUAAUGAAGAGGUUAAAGAACCCCAUGCCCCCCUCCCCCCUUUUCCACCAAGCAGCAUAACAGCAGUUGUAAUUUUGUAUGAAGACUGCAGGUGCAAUAACUGUUCUAUGUCGAACUGUUGUUUCCAGUAAUGUUAAAAUAAGAAGGGGGAGGCAAGUCUUCAGAAAAGCUAACAGUAACUUUUCCUUUCUUUUCUUUAAUAAUAACUUGAAAAUGAGACACAUUUUUUGAACUGAAAAAAUUGAGUAGAAUUUGAAACAAAGCCAUUCUACUGAAAACAAGGAGCUCUUCAUAGCAGCACUUUUGUAUCUAAUCAAAUGCUAUCUUUAGAUUGUGUUGACAAUUAAAUCAGUUUUGUUAUGGUAGUAUUUCUCAGUAUUUUGUAAAGUUUAAACUUUUUAUGAUCGUUCAGCUUGACUACGUUGGAAUUCACUAACAUUCCAACGCAAUGAAAAGAUGUCGUUAGGCAAAGUGUGGAAAACUUCAUCUUAUGGUCAGGACUGAAGUUGACAGAACCUGACAAAAAGGCAGAUUAUCUUCUUGUGUAUUGCGAUAGCAGGUCUAUAGAAAAUCCUGUCGAAUUUGUCAUAGAUUUCUCUAUUGUACGCUUGUUCAUGCGCGAUUGUGAAACAUUGACGUGGCUCUUGCUGGAUGUAGUGCCAGGAGAUGAAAGCGGCUGAUGCCCCCAUUGGAGAGUUUCAUUUAAGGAUAUUAGACUUCAGCUUCACCUCGGUGCACUGUACCUUGAGUGGGGAUAUCGCCUCCUGGUGUCUUUACAAAUUAUGAAAAAACACCCACAGUUGUAAGCCACUUGGUGUGAAAUUCCAAUGCUGUCUUAAUAUUUCAUAAAGAUUCUGUGUUUAGGAAACUUUGUUUUAAAGGAACACUUGCUUGCACCAUAACCACUACAGCCUGCAUCUUACAAUGAUUUGACUUUUUACCUCUGGUCCGUUUGCAGAAGUUCCCCGGCUGAACUACAGCCUAAAAGAGAGACAGAAUCUCUGUCUGCGCAGAGCCCUGCAGUGCUGGAGCUUCCGCAUCACCUGUUAGCUGAAAGGACAUGUAGGGCAGCAGCCAGUGGACUUCAGUCAAGAAGUCAGACCUGUUCUAAAACAGGGUGCUACUUGUUUUUGGGGUGUCAAAAUUGGAGUCAAUCUAGACAUAACUUUUCUAUUUGAAUAUACAUUAUUGCAUUAAUGGAAUACAGAAAUGACCAUGAUCCAAUAGUGACUCUGUUCAUAAGCAGGUAUUGCUAGCAGCACCUAUGAAAUGUGAGAUAAUCUGCAGGAGCUGCCCAUUAUCCCUUUAAAAAGGAAUGCAGAGCCUUAGAUGCUGGGAUUAUGUCCGCACCCAUCUAGUGUUUUGCAAACAAAGAGCAGAAUCCAUUCGGGGCCUUUCGUAACCACAGCUGCUGACCUCUGCUUUCUAACCCGACCCCUAUCUAAUCUUCACCAUGGAAGGUAUUCCCAUGUUUGUGAUGGAGCUUCGUCUAGUCCGGGGUUAAAAUACAUACUUUGCAUAAAACACUUUACUAAAGCUGUGCUCUCUGGACAGCUAAAAAAAUAAAUAAAACUGGGAUUACCUUAGUAGGCAUAAUGUACUUUAUUUUAAUUUUAAUUUUUACCUCUUAAAAUCAUGAAUUUUUUUAUUUUUUUAGGUCUUUAAUAUUUUUGAAUAAACCGGUAAACUGACUUUGAAAAUAAUAAAAUAUCAACUCUUUAAUAGAUAUUGCAAUAUAUAAAAGAUUUUCUAAAUAUUAAAUCAAUCUAAAAAUCUUAUUAAAUCUCAACCUAAAUUGGGAGUUGAGUAGACUUGACAAAGAACACUGCAAAGUUAAGUCCCACUAGUCGGUUAUUUUUCAGGUCCGGCUAUGGUGAACUAAAUGCGCAACUCUCCACUAAUACCAAGUUUAGUGAAUUUUUUUUUUUUUUUCUUUAAUUCCAGAUCCGAUACCGUCAGGUUAAAAGAAAGUACACCCUCUUUGAAUUCUGGGGUUUUACAAAUCAGGACAUAAUCAUCUGUCCCAUAGCAGGAACCAUAUAAUUCAAAGAGUGUGUACUUUCUUUUUCCCAUGGAUGUACAUGGAAACAUAUCUUUCUAAAUGUAUCUUUAGAUCUUGUAAAUAGUUAUUUGGCUGAGGAUCAUGGGAUGUGCAGUUUCAUAGCUGGCUUGCUACCAGUUAAUCAUCCCUUGAGUUUGUCUAUAUUAAUGGCCAACAACCCAUGCAGUUCCCUGUUGCCUUACAAAGUAUUAACUGGAACCUAUAGUCCCAAAAAUAACUGUUAAUUCAGGACUAUCUACCCCCUUUGGUUAUAAUUUUUUUUUUAAAGUUUACAUAAGAUAGCUCACAUUGUUUCCAGUGCUGGGAUUCCUCCUCUGCAGUUGGCCAUUCUGCCUACGAUGAGCUCCGCGAUCUUGGAAAUGGGUAUCCAUGGCGAAGUGCCGCGCACCUAAAAUCAAAUGCUACUGUGAGCUAUUGGAUGUCGGUAAGAUCGGAAUCCAUUAGAUGUGGAUUUAAUCCUGCAAUCAAAGCAUUACAGGUCCUACAAAACCUACAUUGCAGGGUUAAAUGACAGGGCCACUGCACUCAGACAUCUUCAUUGAGAUUAAGUGUAAUUGUUAUGCUACAGAGGGGAUUAUUCACUAUACUGCAUGGUAACCCAUUAACAUUACUAAAUUUAGUUGACACUUAUAUUUUAUUCUUUAAUUUUAGCCUAUCUUGUAGCGGUCAACUCAUCACAUAAUGUAACUUUCAUCUUGACUAAGCAUUGCGUUGAUAAAGGCUGCAGCGAAGACAUUUUUUUAAAUAUCUGUGUAAUUGGAGUUCUGUUAUCAGUGAAUUGACGUUGCUUAAUCAGGAAGAAUUAGUGUAGUUAAUGCUGUUUCUUAUUUAGUUUUAGUGUUAGUUUCCCAGUCUAUCUUUUCAGUAGCCAGUCUCAGAAAAGCUGUUCUUGUUACACAGGAUGCUAUAAAAUCCAACAAAGAAGUGAGCGAGCUCCUCUAGUGACCACGAAGGUGUGAGACAUCAUGGUCCCACCACAGCAAACUAUUGGAAAUCUUAAAACUAGGUAAAUGAUUGUAGGCAGACUCUAUAGUGGAAAGCAAUGUGUUUUUUUUUUUUUUGUGUUUUUUUUAACUAUUAACCACUAUUCCACCUUGUGACACACCUUGUCAAGGCAGUACUUGAGACUGGCUUAGUGGAGACCAGGAUGAAAUCAAAUUAUUAUUAUUAUUUUUUUGUGGACACCUCCCUGAUCAGACUUAAUGUAUUGAAACUUGUGUGAAAUGCGUCACCACUGGAAUGCUACAUGCGGUCAGGGAGAAAGGAAAUAUUUCCAGCAAGUAGGGGUCGUUACUAACUACCCUGUAUGAAUACCAAGGUACAAUGCUGAGGUUGCCCGUAAUGAUUUUCAACUUUGGACAAUGGUAAUCAGUCUGUAGAUUACAUCGUUUUGCAUGUUGGAUCACGACUACUAAUGUGAUCCAACACGCAAAACUAUGUAACCUCUAAAUAGAACGUAAACCGGUCCUUAGAAUGGCCAGAUUAAUAUGUUGAAAGACAUAGAAUGGUCAAAGGAGAAAGCAGAGGUCAAGGAAGCCAGAAAUACACAAGAUUGAUAAGAAAGCCAAGUCAGGGAAACCAGAGAUCAGAAAAGUCAUGAAUAGCCAAAGUCAGAAUACCGGGAAUAUCAAUAACAAGGACAUGAAAACAUACUCUCGGGAACCAGGAACAGAAACCACGAAAGGGCAAUGAGUUCGGGAAAUUCAGGCCUUUUAAAUACCCAUCCUCGGGCUGGGAUUGGCCAGAGCUUGGCCUCUGACGCCAGAACGUGCGCGUGAGUCGACAUCCGUCACACGCACACUCGCGUGACCUUUGUAGACGGAGCUACAAAUGGCCGCGACCUUGUGGAUGGCGUCAUUUUGUAUCCCGUGUGUGACAGGGACGGACGCCCCAGCGGGUCGGCUCGCGGCUUGCUGCUGAACAGGUAAGCUCCUAAACCUGUCAGUGUGGUCGUACCGAUCAGGUGCGACCACGUGCAGCUGUGAGCCGGGGGCCGUGACAAUCCCUAGCUGUCAUGGAAUUACCUCUCCAUUCCCUCAGCAGGAAUGACCCCUAAGGCAAGGAUUCUAUUUAGUAAUCUUAAUAAUUGGACGGACCCCUCUCCAGGCAGUUUAGAAAACUAAUCCAGUAGAAGGUCAGUAGGAGAGCUGCUUCUUUUGACUGCAUGUUUUUCAGCCUUCUUCUCUAUUCUGAUUUCUGAUGAUUGCUUGGUAAACCAGAACAAUUUCAUCUUCUCCGGUUUGUCUGUGGAACGUCUUUAAAUGUACCAUGCAUAAGUCGAUCUAAUCUAUCCCAAGGGGACACAAAAUGCAUAGCUGGUGCUCAGAUUUAAUUGAAUGGAAGAUGAUUAAUAGAUGUUUCUGUUACCCAAUUCAAUUAUACGCAUUUUAUUGACAUCAGGAGGAUGAAAGACAGAGUCAGCCUUGAGGUCGGCUUGUCCAGCUUCAAAACCUGCUCCUUUAACCAAUUGAACUACCUUACCAGCAUAUAGGAUAUGGACAUCAUUGUAGGUGUCUUAGAACUGCUUUUCAAUAAUGCUUUGUCAGCCUGACAACUUGCAUCAUGGGAUUUGUGGUUUACAAGCAUCUGCAGUGCUAAUGAUGACUGACACUUAAAUAUAGGUAAAUGGUAAAAGUUUAAAGCCAUAGUAUUGCAUCUUUAGACUGGUUAACCAUUUGUCUUCUGCAUCGUGUUCCAUUUUAAUUCUCCGUUAAGUUGAUCGUGCGGAGUCUGACAGUCGUUCUUUAACUUUGCAGAGGAUUCCUGUGACCUUGUUUUAGAGAUGGAGUAUUCUAAAGGGAUCAUUAGAUCGAGCCAGUGGUGUGUAGUAUAUUCAUUAGGGAAGGUGUGUGUGUCAAGGUAGCGGCCUGGCUGAUUAAUGAUUUUGUCCACACAGUAGACAAAGGAGAAACGUAUGAAGGCUGCUGUUUAAUUCUUCCACAGACACAAAGGAGCGUAAACGUGAACGCUUUUAAAUAAUGUUCCUGUCUGGCCCUCCGGGAUCCAAGCGAAGAAUAUAGGACACUGGAGUCUUAAUUUGUGCUGACUUAGCUGUAGUUAUGAGUCAGCAAGCAGUGUGCAUAUGGGGAGGUGGACCUAUUGAGAAUUAGUAAAGGUUAAUUUAUAAAAUGCCAAAUUACUGUGGAAAUAGCAGAAAAAAGUGAGCAACAUUAAUGCCUCACUUACCUACAAGAAUGAGUAGGGCACAGCAAUGCCACUAGUUAAGUCUAAUGUAAGGCUCCUCUCAGAUGGCAGUGUGAACUAGCAUGGCUGGGCAGUGCUAUGUUUUAUAUACAGGGAUAUGGAGAGGACAGCCGAAAAAGGGUCAUGGCAGCUACUCUGGAUAAGGCGCCACAGAAUCGCGUCGGUGCCCAGGCAGGGCGUCACUGAAUCGCAUCGGUGCCCAAUAAUCACUUUGCAGCGUGACUUUAAUGAUGUGAUUUUGAUAUUUCCGGAAGUGGGACACCAAAAGAAUUGGGACUCUCGCGAAAUCUAGUUCUUCUAGACAUGCUUAUAGGUAGUGCUGAGGUUCUCAAGACGUGAUCAUGGAAUCUGUGUCUUUUGUAAUUAGUCAUUGCUAGUAUUAGCUGUGGAAUAAAGACCGCAUUGCGAGUCGAGUUCUAUGGAAGAUCUUGCAGGAUCUUCCAUAAGCCUCUGUUUUUCACUGGUGAGCGUUGACAGGAGUAUAAUAGUGAUAUGGAUUCUUGGUGGCUGAAGCUCCAGUAGCUGAAGACCUUCCUUAUCAUAAAGGAGAGCUUCAAAUAAGUAUCUUUCCCGUGGACUGACACACAUCAGGUGAAAAUGGCUUCUUUGUAGUCUAAUGAUCAUUGUUAAUUCCCUCAUGAGGUAUGUGCAAACCUUUUUUCACACUCUUCAUAAUAAAUCCCCUUUAAAUAAAGUAGUUCUGGGUUCUAUGAAUCCUGCAGUGACUUUAAAGUGCAUGCAUAUUGAUCAUGUUAGUAUGCACUACAGUGUGAGAUAAUAUAUACAUUUUAAUUUUUACUGGUUGCAAAAGCUGAUGUCGCCCAGAAAACUUUAAUUUCAAUAGAGUUCGGCCAUGAAUAAUUUUUCUUGCGGAAGUUUUGAUGAAUGGCAUCCAUUGUGUAGCUUCUGACCUGCUGGACGGGGCACAGACGCGCCUGCUUAUUAGCGCAACAUUAGAAUUUCUUGUUUUCAUUCACUGUGCAUAAUUAUAGUCAAUGUUCCAUAAAAAUGCCAUGCAGACUUUUUACAAAAAAUGUCAAAACAGAAUAGGAAAAAACCUGCACUAUUUUAAAUUUUUAUUUUUUUAUUUUUAUUAAAUGAUUUAUUUUAUAAAUUUAUGCUUAAAGGGGCCCUCUUAGAACUAGAACCACCAGAACUCAUGGUUGUAAUUAUGGUGCACAGAGCCAGUGGGCACUAUCCUCAUCUGUAUAAUAGGGGGCGGAUAAUAUGAAGACCGUGAUUGGCUGUGGGACUGGGCUAUUUCACAGCUCACAGUGAUUUGCUAUUGUCUGUGCAUGUGCAGUCAGAAAGGUGUUUUACAGAAGAACAGAGUUAGCUAUCGGAGUGGCAGGUUAUACUGCUGAACGCGGCAGAACUAUUUAGUUUUGCUUAAAGUAUGACUAUGAUGACAAAACAAAGUGCAUUUAAAGGAACACUCCUAGCAUUAUAACUUUUACCGUGUUACGUAGUGAUUAUGGUGAAAUGAGUGCCCAGGCGUCGGCUAACUUGAAUAGUUGAACCAUAUUGGAGUGGUUUGAUUUUUUUAUUUUUUUUUUAUUAUUUUUACCUGGGUUUUGCUGGACACAACCAGAAGUGAUUCUUACUGGGCUUUGCACGUUGUCGGAGAGUUUUAAUGUUCUCUGCACUGCCGAACUUCACUCAGGAGACCUAAUAGAAGCUCGUAAUAGCUCUCACUUGACGGGAGCAGUGCUCUGGCGCCUUGGAUGUCAGCCCUUUAAGGGAGCAUUGUAGGCGGCAGUAAUCUACCUGUGGAUGACUGGUAGGGAGGCUGAGUGGAUUUCAAUAAAAAAAAAAAAAUCUGUGUGUGUCUCUGUCAGAGAAUGUCUGUUUAGGUGCCUGCCCCCUUCUAAUCGCAAGAAAGUUGUUUAUACUCACCCUUUUUCCCAUGCCGUGCCUGUUUCAUGGCUCGUCAGUCAUAAUCUCAGCUAUGGGAGGAUAUUGCGCAUGUGCAGCAGAACAAUGUGCCAAUCAGCAUCUCCUUAUAGAGAUGCAUUGAAUCAAUGCAUCUAUAUGAGGAACAUUCAGAGCCUCCAUACAGAGCGUGGAGAUGCUGAAUGCAGGUGCUGCACACUGUGGCAGUGUUUACAUUGAAAGGUCUGCAGGUACACGCUACAGACACCAGAACAACUACAUUAAGCUGUAGUGGUUCUGGUAGAACAGGAAACAACAAAAAUACAGGGUGCGCUAAAUGGAAUAAAUGAGAUAUUUACAAAAGAGUCUCUGAAAAUACAAGGUGGACCUUGGGUAGGUAUUCUUUGGUUCUUGAUUGGGUCCUCAGUAGUUAAUAUGAAAAACAAAAGCAAAAACAAAGAGGGACCAAUAGUGCAAAACCGUUAGAAGAUGGUGUCACGGACAACACAGAAAGAGAAAUGCCAACUCACAAUCAAUAGAGCUAUGCCCAGCUCUAGGUAAAACAGCAUACCUAGUUUGUAUGUAUAUUAUAUGCUGACACGUACUUGAGACGUUGAAAGAAGGAUUGAAGAAUCUCCUAUUGUCCAGCUAUAUCCUACAUGUGGGGAGUUUCAAAUACCAGUGUAUGCUGUUUUACCUAGAGCUGGACAUAGCUCUAUUGAUUGUGAGUUGGCAUUUCUCUUUCUGUGUUGUCCGUGACACCAUCUCCUAACGGUUUUGCACUAUUGGUCCCUCUUUGUUUUUGCUUUUGUUUCUCAUAUUUACUACUGAGGACCCAAUCAAGAACCAAAGAAUACCUACCCAAGGUCCACCUUGUAUUUUCAGAGACUCUUUUGUAAAUAUUAUCUCUCAUUUAUUCCAUUUAGCGCACCCUGUAUUAUUGUUGUUUCCUGGUCUCCCAGAUUUAUUGAAGGGUUUGAGGGUUGCCCUUCCCCUCAGGUGUGCAGCUCCAUCUACCUCUGUGAUUAGUACUGUAGGCGCUGUUCCACCUCAAUUACUAUUUUUUCUGUUAUUGUAGUGGUUCUGGUGUCUAUAGUGUCCCUUCAGAAUUGCGCUUUUUUUUUUUUUUUUAAAUUGAAAAUUAAACGUAAAAUUUUGGUUUCAAAAAAUGGUCUCCUAACUUUUUUUAGCUGGCUCCUAGAUUUUAAAUACAUUUGUCAAACCCUGGGUUAAACCGUUAACAAACAGCUUAACCAAAGCGUCUUCAGUCGAGAGUCUGCCAGUUCUGCCUCUCCACUUCCAUUUCAGUCUGAGUCUUCAAUCAGUAAGCCUUUAAGCUGGGCACCCCUGACUGGGCACCCCAGUUGGCGGCCUUCUAGCAUAAAAGUAGCUCCCCAAUCACAAAAUAGGUUUGAGCCACUUUAAGUUUUUUUGGUGCUGAAGACUCAAAAUCUCCCCUUCUUGAAUUUGUGUUUCAUAAUACUAUCAUAGAGCUCCACUUCAGUCACCCGUUUUUUUGUUGUUUUGUUUUUUGUUUUUUUUUAUAAAACUUUAGAAAAUGUAUUUUGAGUACAUUCUGUUCCUUUAUUUACUUUAAAUGGUUAAGUUAUUUAGUUUUGGGACUUUUUUAAAUGAAGGCAAACACACUUUCCGAGCGUGUGGGUGAUGUAUCAGUAAUUACAGGGAGCUCUGUUAAUACCCACAUAGUGUAAGGAUCAUUUAUUUAUUGGGCCUGUUAAUCAUGCUGAUUACUUUAUGUGAUGAUCGUUACCAGCUCAUUUCCUAUGCGGUUAAAAAAAUAAGUGAAUAAGUGUCUGCCUUACCACAUUACAGCAAGAUAAAACCUGUAUAUUUAGUGUGAGAAAGUAGAAUUUACCAAGCCUGGAUGGAAAGUGUGUUGGGGGGGGUCUAACUCUUAUAGGAGGUUUCAGAAGUUCAUGAUCAGCUGAGGAGAGUUUAUAUUCUUUGGGUAUGGUCUUUAAAGUGUUAGGAAUAGUUGCAGUGUAUUUUAGGCCAGGACCCAAAGCAAAGUCUUUCUGUGUCCCAACAUCCAUAUAAAGGAGGCUACUUGCUGGCAAACAUGCCCACUAUUACACGAGAGAGUACUGGGUGCGAGGACACCACAUCGAGCAAUCUUCAGCACUUCAAAUGUUGUGGAUUACUUCGUCCAAUGCUCUAACUGCCUUCACAGCCAUAAUGCUGGCAAAGCAUCAAGGGGGAUGUAAUUCACAAUAUCUUGAGUACCAAGAUAUCGCAAAUAAUAUCGUAAAAUACUCAGCCCCUGCACUUGCCUUUAAUUUCUCUUGGAAAACAAUUUCAGAGGGGCUGUUCUUCAUGUCCAUGGGUAGGUGGGAUUGGUGAUGUAGUGGAUAUAUCGUUCUCGUUCAUAGAUAUUUGUAAUUGUUUUAAAGAAAGGUUCUGAGAUAAUUUUCUGUAACGCCAGAGUGUCACUCUUAUCUCUUGGUAUGGGGGAUGAUAUAAAGUCAGCCCAAUGUAUCCAUAGGUUUUUGUGGGUAUAAUGAGGCUUUGUUAUUCUUGUGUUUGGGUCUGGGUAGUGCAGGUUAAAGCAAAACAGGAUCUGUUCUUUGAACUUAUUUUUUCUUCUUCUUUCUUUUCUGCAGUUGAUAGUUGAGAAGACAACAGACUACCCUUCCACUGAGUAUUCUCUGGUGGAGGAUGUCGCCCUUCAUUUCACAUGUCUCAUGGACAGACUCAAUGAGCAGCGCCUAUUUCAACCAGACCUCUGCGAUGUGGACAUUGUACUGGUGCAGCAGAAGAGCACGUUUCCUGCUCACAAAGGGGUGCUUGCUGCCUACAGCCAGUUUUUUCACUCUCUCUUCACCCAGAACAAACAGUUGCAGAGGGUUGAACUGUCUCUCGAAGCCUUGACAUCACGAGGCUUCCAGCAGAUUCUAAACUUCAUCUACACUUCCAAAUUGCUGGUCAAUGGCUGCAAUGUGCAGGAUGUGUUGAAUGCUGCUGCAGUAUUGCAGAUGAAUGAAAUCGUAACAUCAUGUCAGGAUUUGAUUCACAGCAGGUCAUUGAACCUGUCACUGGCUAAUGAGAUCAUGGACACAGAGGAAACUAGGAAUGAUACUAAUACAGUAAUGCCACCACAGUUCUAUCGGGAGAUAAAGCAAGAGGUGGAUGCGCCUCCAACCAAAAUUUAUGCUCGAGAGGGAAAUGACCCUUACUCUGUUAGAGUGGAAGACAGUGUGAGUAAAGGGCACAACAAUGCUGAGUCACCGAAGCAGUAUUUCAAAGACGAGGACAGAAGUGGGACGAGGAUCUGUAAAAUAGAAGGGGCAGAUUCUGAGGAGGACAUGGACAGUCAGGAAUCUUACAAUAGAGAGCAGAUCAUUGUAGAGGUCAAUUUAAAUAAUCAGACUCUAAACGUCUCCAAGGGGACCGAUGGCAAGGCUUCCUCUGAGGCUGUGACUGUCGUCGACCAAUCAGACGGUGAUGAGCGAGGUUCAGAAGGUGAUGGAGAUGAUGAAAACGAAGAAGAGGAGGGUGGGAUUGAAGAGGAGGAUGACUUUCUGGAUAUGUUGGAAGAUGAGGAGGAUGAUAUCUUGCCAAGCGAAGAGGAUAUUGAAGAGCCGCAGGAGGAGGAAAAGGACAAUGACGACGAAGAGGAGGAUGAAGCAACAGAGUUGGCCAAAGAUGAAAACUCCCCAGCUGAGGGGAGCAAGUCACCAAGUGAAACUAAAUCCACCAAGUUAAAUAGAGGUGCAAAAGGAACACGCAAUCAAAGAGGGUCGGGAGGUGGUGGAAGGAGGAAAAAGAAAGGACAGGAUGGUUUGGGACAAAAGGGUAAAUUUGAGGAGAAACAGCACUUCCCAUGCAAGAAGUGCCCUAGAGUGUUCAACAAUAGAUGGUACCUGGAAAAACACAUGAACGUAACUCACAGCCGCAUGAGGAUUUGUGAUAAAUGUGGCAAAAGAUUCCUGCUUGAGAGUGAGCUGAUGCUCCAUCACCAAACAGACUGUGAAAAGAAUAUCCAAGUAAGUGCUAAAAUGUAUUAAAACACACAAUGUGAGUCUUGGAUAUUUUGGUGAAAGAAUCCUUGAGCUCCCACGUAAAUGUUUAAAGGUAGUUCUUCAUCUGUGGAUUUGCAGACGCAACUCACUGGCAUCUUCUGAAUGUGCACACAAACCUGAAAUACACAAUUUCAUAUCUUUCAAGGCUGUGUAAAAUCAUUCAUCUCAAAUUGGAAUCUGAGGAUUUGGUCACAUCGUGUGGGCUAUGUCUGGUCAAGCCCCUAGCCCAGUGUUAGUGGGUCCUGGUUUAAUUUUACCACGGGAGGAGAAUAUGCAUGCUGCUUUACUUAGACAUCACACACACACCAUUUAGUAGAUGUACCCCCCCCCCAAUAAAAACAUGUAUGCAUUUAGUUAUGCUUUUAAUUUCAUUGGAGGUAUAUUUAAAACCAGAUUGCAAAUGCUGAAGAUCUUGUCUGCAGCUUUUACAAGCCACUCCUCUUCUAACCCAUCGCAGACUUUCUGUGGCUGUCCAACCACAGACUACAUACUUAUACCAUACAAGAGCAUAUUAUAAAAAAAAAAAACACAACAAUCUUUAUUAGAAAAUCAAAUUAGCAAUAAUCCAUAGAUUCACUCAAAAACAGAAUAUAUUCAUAAUAGCAAAAAAAUGUAUAAACCGGUAUUCACCAUACCUAUUAUUGUUCUGUAUAUAUAUACAUGGCAUUGAAAUCAAUAGCAAAAAUACACAAGGAAAUAGGAUUACAUACCAAAUAAAGGAUCCUGAUGCCAAAAAACAUCAAAAUACCUCAAUCUUUUGGCCAGAAUGCCUUUCUCAACAGUAUGUGUGUGUAUAUGUAUAUGUGAGGGAAUCUAUGGAUUAUUGUUAAAUAUUUUUUUCUACUAAAGAUUGUUGGUAUUAUAGUAUUGUCCUGUAUGGUAUUAUUUGUAGAGUAUUGAUUUGGCCCUGAAGGAAAACCGGGUUUCUAUAGUGAGCACGUGUUUAAAUUAUAAUCCUUAUGUGUCCAGUUUUGAGUGCCCUCCCCUGUAUUAAUUGGUGUGGCUGUCCAAUCACAGACUUCAAUGAGAAGUAACAGGACCGGUUAUCCGAUUGACAGCCAGGGGGUGUGACAAGGUUUAUUAAUAGAAGUACCAAAGUCUAUUGGAAUCUGCACUUUUUCUGAAAUAAAAAACCCACACUCUUUACAUGUUAAGCACUUUAGCAUGUUAAACAGCUUUAGGAGCUUGCAAAAUCCCCUUUUUUCAGUUUAAUCAGACACUAAAGUCACCCUGACCACUUAAUCUCAGUAAAGUGUUCUGGGUGCAGUGUCUCUGUCCUUUUCAACCUUUUAAUUAGGUACUUUUAAGAAACUACAAUGUUUACAUUACAGGAUUAAAUUGGGGGUUGACAAAUUUGCUUUGCAUCUGUUGAGGUCACAUUUGUUCGUGACCUCAACAAACACAUUCACUGACACAUUCACAGACACCUGGACUAACACACACAGACACUGACAGACAAAUAAGCAUGAUUUUAAGGCUACAUAGAACCAAAACGUUGCACUUAUCUGUGAGGAGAAUUACCCUCUAAUAAACACAACCAUCUUAGACACAAACACACUGACCGACCCGACACAAACACACUGACCGACCCGACACAUAUGAACACACACGUACAAAGUAUUUUUUUUUUUAUUUGAUACCCUCAAAUAGAUACACACACACACAAACACAGACUAACUUGAAAAUGAGAGAAAUCUCUAUCUUUCCUGGUAAAAUAUUUUAUAAAUAAUUACACACAAAUACACAUACAGAUAGAUAGAUAGAGAUAUAUAUAUAUAUAUAUAUAUAUAUAUAUAUAUAUAUAUAUAUACACACACACCUGUUGCCUACCUUUUGGGUGCAGGAGAGUGGCUUUCCUGGGGUCCACUGGGACUUGGCAGGAGCAGGUGACUGUAGGACUGGCUGUGGCUGAUGGGAGUGGGCUGACAAAUGAGCUCCCUUCAUUUCCUCCUGGCGCACAGAUAGCUUCACAUGGAGGGAGCGGGGUGACAAAUCACGACAAAAUUCUUAGUCGCCAUGGUGAUUAGUUGAGCUCUGGGGUUAAAUCUAUUAAAGGCGAGUCAGUAGCACUGACUGAGUUUUACUCUGUUACGUGACGCAGAUGUCCAUAGGAAAGCAUUGGAUUGGAAGAGGCUAUGUCUCCUCGAUAAUGUCGCAGUAGGUGGAAAGGUGAGUAAACAAAAAAAUAAAAAUACGAAUCCACCGGGAUCAUGAGAGAUUAUUUGCCUUGUGUAGUAGUACAGAUGCAGUAAAGCAAAGUAUUAAUUAAAUUCCUGAUGGGAGAUGUCUAAUAUGACUGUAGUAUCUCCUUCACGUGGUACCUGCUUGGCUCCCGUAAACCCGGUUUUGUUAAUUUAUUGCGUGUCCAAAAUAUCUGCUUCUGGCAGCCUCCUCUGCCAGGAACUGAAUGGAAAGAUGGCAGCCGUGUGUAUAUCCAAUUCACCUGUACCAGACAUGUUACCUGGCUGGAGGGAUUUCAAGAGAUUCAUCAUGUGGUAGUGUGACAUUUUACAACGCUAUUUUGAGUCCCCAUAUAUCUUUGCUAAGAAGGUGGUUUUGUUUCACCAUAUCGUGUUAAGCCCAACACUACAUCACAGCGCCCCAAUGUUGGUGGGUCCUACACUAAUUGUAACAUGCUAACUGCAAUACUUACUGCUUAAACUGCUUCUAGUGACUCUCCUUAAUCUAUGCUUUCCUGUGGUCUCCUCCAAAAGGGCACCUAUAAUGGGUGGGGUGUCAACCGAAAGAGGAAUAUGGCAGAGAAUUAAGCCGUGAGACUGCAGGGGCACGAUCUAUACACUAAAACUACUUCAUUAAAGGGACACUAAAGUCACCAGAACAACUACAGCUUAUUGAAUUUGUUCUGGUGAGUAGAAUCAUUACAUUCAGGCUUUUUGCUGUAAACACUGUCUUUUCAGAGUAAAUGCAGUGUUUACAUUACAGCCUAGUGAUAACUUCACUGGCCACUCCUCAGAUGGCUGUUAGAGAUCCUUCCUGGGUCAUGGCUGCCUAAAAUGCAUCCAAACAUUCAGUAUCUCCUCCCUCUGCAUGCAGACACUGAACUUUCCUCAUAGAGAUUCAUUAAUUCAAUUAAUCUCUAUGAGGAGAUGCUGAUUGGCCAGGGCUGUGUUUGAUUUGUGCUGGGUCUGCCCCUGAUCUGCCUCUUUGUCAGUCUCAGACAAUCCUAUGGGGAAGCUCUGUGAUUGGAACAGGCCACCACUUCUGAUGAUGUCAGCAGACUGCUUGUUUUUCUGAGGCAAACAGCAUACAGAGUUACAGCUUCAGGCUUGAAUACAGUAAGAUUUUGCUAUAUUUAUGGAGGCAUGAGGGGCCCAGAGUGGCUAGAUGGUGGUGUUAACACUAUAGGGUCAGGAAUACAUGUUUGUGUUCCUGACCCUAUAGUGAUCCUUUAACCCCUUAAGGACACAUGACAUGUGUGACGUCAUGAUUCCCUUUUAUUCCAGAUGUUUGGUCCUUAAGGGUUAAGGUAAAGUUUUUUUUGGUCAGUACAAUGUCCCUGGUUUAUUUACUAAACUGUGAAUGUAGUGGAUAGAAAAUGCCAUAGUGUUAUGGUGCUUUGAGUUUUCCUUUAAACAAACUAUAGCAUUUCCUAAUUAAAGGACCACUCUAGGCACCCAGACCACUUCAGCUUAAUGAAGUGGUCUGGGUGCCAGGUCCCUCAAGGAUUAACCCAUUUUUUAUAAACAUAGCAGUUUCAGAGAAAGUGCUAUGUUUAGAAAUGGGUUAAUCCGGCCCUCAAAUCCUCUAGUGGCUGUCUCAUUGACAGCUGCUAGAGGCGCUUGCGUGCUUCUCACUGUGAAAAUCACAGUGAGAAGACACCAGCAUCCAUAGGAAAGCAUUAUGAAUGCCGCGCGUGCGCAUUCAGCCGAAAGGGAGGUUCGGACGAGGAGAGCUCCCCGCCCGGUGCUGGAAAACGUAAGUUUUUAACCCCUUUCCUCUCCCCAGAGCCGGGCAGGAGGGGGACCCUGAGGUGUUUUCCUGGCACUAUAGUGGUCCUUUAACUGUUAUGUACGGGAGUCCAGUAAAUCUUGCCAAAAUAAAAAUCUAAGGAAGUUCAAAGAAUGAGAGGGAAGCUUUCCAAAUAUUACCAAUGACUUGCAUGCGACACAGGCAAAGAUUUGGAUGUCUUGAUUGUGAUGCUUUUCAAUCAAACGGGGCUUAAUGUAGUUGUUUUGGUGUCUCUAAUCAUUGGCUUUGCUGAGAUCAUCAACAUCGAUUAUCUCCGCAGUGGAGGUGAGGACAGCUGCAGCAAGAAUUGCACAGUGUGGGAGAAAAGAUUAGUAAAAACACCAUUCCCAUGUGAUCGGAGAGGGACUGGUCACUUAAAACACACACACUCGCUCUUAUACACACACACGCUCUCUGUGAUACACUCUCGCUCUCUCUUAUACACACACUCUCUCGCUCUCUUAUACACACACGCUCCCGCGCAGACACAUGCUCUCGCUCGCUCUCUCUUAUACACACACACGCUCUCGCGCAGACACACGCUCUCUCUCCCUCCCUUCCUAAAGAGCAAAGCAAAUCCUCAAAGUGUUCCCUUCACAAUGCACCAACGAAAUAGACUGGCUACACCAAUAUUUUGGCAAAGUUCUCUAGUUUAUGUGACACAGAGCAGACUAACGGGCUAAUAGCUGCCAUGAUGUUAAAGACAGUGACAGGGGACCAUUAACCAGUAAAUGCAGCAUAGGAUAUGAUAACCGGAGUGGCUUUCUCGUUUUAAAUCACUGUAAAUUCUGUCCUUUUGUUGUAUUUUAUAACAUUGUAACUUACAGGAACACUAUAAGGUUAAAAUUACAUUUAUUCAUUUAAUUUUAAAGCAAAGAAACACAUUCAAAGUUAUCUAAAUCCAGCACAUGGACCGUGUCUGUGCAGCAGUUUCUCUUCCUACUCAGUGAUUGAUGAAAAUAUAUAUAUUUGAUUGAUCAGUAGCGUUGUGUUGUUUAUGGUUUUGCAGGAAGUCCUUCCAUUUUCAUAAUGUCUUGGUGUUAACUAACAGCUGUUAGUCUGGUAACCAAUGAAACCGUAUUCUCUGGCAAAUGUACACAUUGUCAUUUCUCAGAAACAGCAAGGUUUUAAACUGUCAAAAAAAGGUACAGUCUGUGCACCAAAUCCACUUCAUAAAGUUAUGGUGGUUUUGCUGCUUAGAGUCACUUUUUAAAGAAAAAAUAAGCUUGUUCUCUGUUGCAUCCUAUGCAUAGAUAUUUAGAAAAUGAGAUCAAGCUGUAGUUUAUAUGAUGGAGAAAAUUAUAAAUCUUAAUUUUUGAAGUGCUGAGCUUUUCUAUAUACCAUCAGUUGAAUAUCUGCAAACUUCCGUAGAGCUAUAUUUGCGUACUGGAACGAUUGGUAAAACAAAGUUGCGUAGUAUGAUUUGUUUUUGUAAAGGUGUAAAUUGUAAAAUAAAAUGUUUCAGAAUGUCUCCUUUUGGAAUGGAUUUAAGAGAUCUAGGAUGUUCUAACUGAACCACUGAUUUCUCAGGAUAUGGUGGUGUCUCUGUUCUCUGAAGUGAGAAUUCAAAGUGAAAAUUACUUUUAAGGAAUUUUUCCAGUUUGGCUUUUUUAUCUUAAAAUCUCACCUUAGUGAAUAACCCUUCUCCAAGCAGGUCUGUGUAUAGUUUGUGCUUGUCUCCGCUAUACAGAUAAAUCGAGAAUCUAUGAAGCUGCAGGUGGGAGCUUCUUGCACAAACUUCUGGUAUAGAAAUCAGAAUGUGUAUAUUUUAUUAUUGUAUUUAUUUGCUUUUUACUUUUUUGUUUUGUUUUUAUUUUACCCUGAGCAUGUGUUAGAAAUACAUUUUGAAUGUGUUAUUCUGAUGAGAGAAUCUGAAGAUUGUGCGUUCGUAUCAUUCCAUUCCGCGUGUCUCUGCAGUUCUAAUGAAGACUGUUUUGUUGUCCGUAAUUCCCUUGUAUAGCGAUCAAGAACGUUGGUGAUUCGUGCGAAUGGCUUUCUGCUUCGGGUCACAAUCUGCUGCCAUGUUCCCUGCCUCACUGAGCAAAAUCAUUCUGUGCAGACACAUUACUAAUGUCCCAUGAAACAUCUUCAUAUCCCCAUCUGUUUCUGUAUGUCUCCCGCUAAUGGAGCAAUCGUUUAAAGUUAUGGCUUGCUUUAGGAAUUUUUUUUUUUUUUUGGAAUUAUUUUUAAUUUUAUUUUUUUUCCCCUGGGCGGAUAAAAAGAGAAAUGAACCAUUAAGGACAUAUUUAAGUAAGAGGGGAAAAAAAUGAAGUAUAUCGUCAUAAAGACUCUCUUAGACAGGGGUCAUUUUUGCUUCCUACUAAAUUCCUGAUGACCCUCAAGUAGCAGGACAAAAAUUGCAUUACCAUCUCCUUGUAGCCAGUCUCCUUAUGCUAUUAGUUGUUCUACACAAGUCAAUUGAAGUUCACACAUGAGCAUCAGUCAAAAUGACAAACGUCCACAAAACAUGCAGCACGCAAUGUCAUUUUACACACGUAAUGUGCUUUGUUAGAAUUUCGGGCAUUAGUUCCACUGAAAAUGCAUCUAAAUAUAAUAUAUUAAAGGAACACUCUGGACAGAAUAGCUGCUUGAUUGGAUUGUAGUAGUUAUGGUGCGAGGAGGUUAUGGGCUGUGGCUUAUCACAAGGUGUUAAACUGUUGACGAACAGUUAUACCCCAAAGUCUUCAACCCAGCACCUGUCUGCUCUGCCCCAUAACUACCGUUCCAGUUUGAGGCUUUAAUCUGGCAUCUUUGGAUUGGCUGCCACUCAGCACAUGCUCUCACCCAUCCAGCAGCGCCAAUUCCAACGCUUCGGACUUUAACAGAAGUGAAGACUUUAGUGUUAAAUGGUGUAUUAACUGUUUAAUAGUUUGUGGCAAACCGGCGCUUGUAAAUUCCUCACAGGCUCACACCAUAAAAACUUCAACCUGAUGAAGUGGUUAUGGUGCUCAUAGUGUCUCUUUAAUUUAGCAAAAAUGAAGGCAAAUGUUUUCAUUGCACUCUACAAUAAACAAAUGACAAACAUCUUAAAAACAUGGGAACAUUUUAGGGUAAUGUUAUAGGCACUACUAAUACUGCGCAAAAUGUUAUCUUUUUUUAUUAGUGAAAAUUUUAAGUUUUUUUUAUUUUUUUAUUAAUACAAUCAUUAUUUUUACCAAUUUCCUACAAUACAUUUUAUUUUUCUAUAUGUUAGAAUAAAACUUAAAAUCUUUGUUUUCCAAACGUUUCCCUCUAAUUCCUAUUAUUCAGAUAGGAAAGUGUAAGAAUUGUUCAGCAGUCACUAUUGGUUGGCAAUGCCGAUCUUAAAUCUUCUUUCACUUUAAGAACGGACAAAUCCUUAUUAAUGUAUUAUAACCUUUAACUCCUUAAUGACAAAGGGGUACUGUUACUCGCUGGGGAUCCAUUUGACUAAUGAAGAUGGAUGUCGCCAUAAAGCAGUCCGUACAAUCUAAUCAACACCAUGUUCUGAAAUCUCACUAAUCCUUCCAGGCUUGUAAAUGGCUCAAAAUAUGAUGUUCACAUCUUUUUAAAUAUUAAUAUUUUAAGAUGAAAAUAUCUUUGAAAGGCCCACAUAGUAUUUACUGAGGAUUACGUCAUAUUGAGGUAAUUCCUAAAACAUUUAAAUUCUGUAUUAAAGAAUUUUCCUUAUUUCAAUUCGAACUGAAGACAUUUAUGUAAAACUCAUAUAAAGGCUUUUUAUAAAAUCAUGGUAUGUGGUUUGUGGUGUUGGGCAUUAUUUACUGGGGAUCCCUUUAUAAACCUGCAAAUUAAGAUUAAAAUUUACAUGGAAUCCAGCCUCAGACGAAACACUGCUCUCAAAGCAUCCAUUGACGUCACUGUACGCUGUUUCACCAGUUCAGCGCGCUCUGAGCCUUCUUGAACUGCUGAACAUCCAGACUCCUACCACCAUGGUCACUUCUAAAAGCUGUAGUGGUCAUGGUGGCAUUGGACAUCCAGACUCCUACCACCAUGGUCCCUUCUAAAAGCUGUAGUGGUCAUGGUGGCAUUGGCGAGUAGACAUUUACACAUGUUGAGUAUACUAUGGCUAGCAACUUUUAAGGCUGGCUAUUAGGAGAGGACUUUUGCUACUAGCUGUGUGACUCUUUUCAUAUUCCUUUUAACCCCUUAAUUUUGGCCAAAAACUUUGAAUAAGGUUGUUUUGCUGAACUUAUUUAAGUAAAUGGUGAAUUAAGAUCAAUGAGCACAUGUACUUUAUUUGGAUCCUAAACAAAUCGGUUACUAAAUUGAUUGUGUACCUUAGUGCUCCGUAUCCGUGUGAGAAUUCAAUUGGAGUCUAGUGAGCGUAUAUAGUGCCAUAGUGUAAUAAAAUCUCUGGAUCCAGGAUAUUUAAGAGUUUAAUUUGUUCUGUAACACAAUAACAAGUAAAGCACAAUUGUAUAUCAAGCCCCCUCCACCCAUACAAAUGAAAUACUAUAUCAGAUUGAGGUGCUGGAUGAGGUUUAUAGGUGUUGUAGAACAGCUAUAAUGCAUAGAGGGCUUGGGUCUUAUUUAAGUCCUAUAUUUAUGUAGAGAUGUAACAUGUGUAGUGUUUCUGUUGGGCCACACUAAAACAGACACGAACCCAAACUUUACUACAGCUGUGGGAUACUUGUGGUUAUUUUUACAGAAUAAAAUCUAAUGAUAAAAUGUGUUGACACAUGACUACUGUGUUAUGGGGCCAUGUUACAGUUUAUGAAGUAUGGCUACACAUUUAGAUUAAUCAAAAUAGUUUUUAGAUGUGAAGAAAUGAACCUCUCCAUGUGUGUUCAGCGAUUUAUUGUGGAACAAACAGCAAUCCACCUUACUGUCCCUUUUCAAAUACACCUAAAAAUGCUAAAUAUAAAUUACUGUGUAGUAGAUAUACCCAAUAUAAAAACAUGCAUGCAUUUAAUGAUUAAUUUUGUUCAUUGGGAUAUAUCUAGAAACAUCUUGCAAAACCUGCAGAUCUCUUGUCUGCAGCCUUUUGCAAGCCCUCCCCGUCUAAACCCGCCCAGACUUUCUGUGGCUGUCCAAUCACAGACUUCCUAAUGUAGCUCAUUAAAAAGUAUUUGCAAGGCAGGUGCUCUGGACAAUUGCUGCAUUUUGAGUUUAGGUCCACUGAGCUAAACAACCAGGAAGUAAGAGGACCUGGUGUCUGACAGUCGGGGAGGAUGGAUGUAACAAGGUUAAUUUAUAAAAGUGCCAUUUUCUAUUGAAAUCUUUUUUGUAAAUAAAUAACAAAGUUUUUCAGCAUACAAUAUAUGGUGGAGUAUCUUCUUGUUAGAAUCAAUGGUAACCUGCUUUAGGGGUCUGGUGUGUUCCAGUAACUCCAUUAUUCUGUAAGACAGUUGAUGAUUUUGUCAGUUUUGUUGCAAAGUGACGUGAAAAAUAAAUGCAUCACAUUAUAGAACACAAAACACAGAUAUUUAGUUAAGGGGUAAAAUAGAAGUAGUAUCAUAUUCUAAAAUGUGAUAAUGUUCAGCAAGUGUUAACAUCCAGCUUUACUGUGUGUGUAAUUGUAAUAUAGACACGCCUCACUACUGGUUUCCGUUCUGACGACCUGGCCGUAAAACGAAUUGGUCGGUAAGUGAGGAUUCGCUAGCGAGCAUGCGCAAGAGAGCAGGUCUACGUUCGGGUGGAUUCCCUUGAACAUAGAUCAGUUCACUAGCGCAGGGAAUCCCACAAAUCUAUGUUAGGGAAAAUUCCCCGAACAUAAACCAGCUCUGUACAGUGGGGAAUCCCUUGAAUCCCCACGCCAGAGAGCUGAUCGUAAGUGCGAGCCAUCAUAAAGUGAGGACUACCUGUACCCCAGUUCAUUGCAUGUAAUUGUUGCAGUUCACGUUAUACAGGGCAGAAUGUAAAAUCAAAUAUAACUACUAUAAUCCCUUUAUGUGAGAUGGACUUAGAAUAUGAGUUUGCAAGUCAUGCAGACUUUGCCAGAUUUAAAGGGACACCAUAUUCCACAGAAUCACUACAGCUUAAUCUUCCUGGAGCAUAUAGCUCGUCCCUCCCUUCUGAGAAAGUUCCCUAGAUGAUGUCACUCGGACAGCCACUAGAGUGACUUCCUGAAUGAGGUUCUGCAGUCUUUGCAGGACCAACAUUUAGCAUCUUUAGGCUCUUUAUGCACACACUGCAUUUUUCUGUUUCAUUGUUUUUUGUUUGUUUGCACAUGGAUGGUGAGCAGAACACUAUAGCAUUAGGAAUACACGUUUCUGUUUCGAACUCUGUAGUAUUCAUUUAAAUCAGGAUUUAGUUGGACAAACUGAUACUUGGUAGUUUGUGUAGCAGUGCAGCAAUUUGAAAUCCUUAUAGACUUCACUUUUAACAUACACAAGGAACACAAUUUUUUUUUUUUUUUUUUUAAUUCCCAUAGAUUUCAGCCCAACUUUCUGCUAUUUUAUGUCAGUGUCCCUGUCCCCACUCUUAGCUUGAUUCCCUGUUUUCCAGUGCCGAGGCUCCUCGGCGCUGCUUACCACUCUCUUCCACAAUCUUACGGAAGGGGCAUGACCAUACGCACAUUGAAUCAAGGCCUUCGUAUGGGUGCUUCCGUGUCAAAUAAGAGCGUUUUACUUGGUCAGUGCAGCAGAAGUGCUUCUAGUGAUUGAGAUGACCUCAAAUAUUUCAGAAUUUUGCUUAAUCCUUUAAUUCUUGAACAUUUUGCAACAGCAUUUGUUCAUUUCUGUAUGUUUCUUAGAGCACCGCUUUGGACCACUCAGUGCGGUAUACUUGUAAAACGUUUGGCUACAAACGCAGCCUCUUUAAGUUUUUUGAAAUCCCCUGUACUUUAACAGACGUGACCUAGGUAAAACUUGACAUGAAAAUACCACUAAAGUCGCCCAGAGCACUGCACCUUAAUGAGGUGGUCUGGGUACAGUGGUCCUGUUAUGUAAAACAUUGCAGUUUAGUAGAAACUCACCAUCUAAUGACUCCUACUUACUCCGUCAUGUGAUGUUGCAGCUCAUAGGAAACAUUCUAUCUAAUGCUUCUUUAUCAGAAACAUAGAAUACGAUGACAGAUAAGAACCAUUGGGCCCAUCUAGUCUGCCCAAUUUUCUAAAUAGCCUUAUGCCUAUCCCACGCAUGCUUAAACUCCCUCACUGUGUUAACCUCUACCACUUCAGCUAUCCCAUGCAUCCACUACCCUCUCAGUAAAGUAAUACUCGCUGAUGUUUUUAAACCUUUGUCCUUCUAAUUUAAGACUAUGUCCUCUUGUUGUGGUAGUUUUUCUUCUUUUAAAUAUAGUCUCCUCCUUUACUGUGUUGAUUCCCUUUAUAUAUUUAAAUAUUUCGAUCAUAUCCCCCCUGUCUCGUCUUUCCUCCAAGCUAUACAUGUUAAGAUCCUUUAACCUUUCCUGGUAAAUUUUAUCCUGCAAUCCAUGAACCAGUUUAGUAGCCCUUCUCUGAACCCUCUCUAAGGUAUCAAUAUCCUUCUGAAGAUACGGUCUCCAGUACUGUGUACAAUACUCCAAGUGAGGUCUCACCAGUGUUCUGUACAAUGGCAUGAGCACUUCCCUCUUUCUACUGCUAAUACAUCUCCCUACACAACCAAGCAUUCUGCUAGCAUUUCCUGCUGCUCUAUUACAUUGUCUGCCUACCUUUAAGUCAUCUGAAAUAAUCACCCCUAAAUCCCUUUCCUCAGUUGUUGAGGUUAGGACUCUAUCAAAUAUUCUGUACUCUGCCCUUGGAUUUUACGCCCAAGAUGCAUUAUCUUGCACUUAUCCACGUUAAAUGUCAGUUGCCACAACUCUGACCAUUUUUCUAGUUCAGGCCUAGUGCUACACCGCGCAUGUGAGCAGUAUGAGUGUUCAGGAGUGGCAAGAUGACUGGAGUAACGUCUAAACUCGCCAUUAAUACUUUCCCACCUCCCAAUCCAAGAAGCAGUAGGUGAUAGAUCUAUAGAUGGGUAUAUUGGGCAGUCAUUAAGCCUUCAUUUAAAGGUUUACAGCACUCCUGCAAGCGAAGAAGCUCAUUACUUCUAUUGCCAGUGCAUGCUGUUUUGUUUUGUGUGUGUGUGUAUUUUGUUUUUCCAUACAAUAAACAUUAUUCAGACAUUGUUCCAGACUGACUAGAUCACACGUGCUGGUGGUGUAAAUACACCCCGACAUAAAGGUAUGAGUAUCUCUGUAUAAACAGGAUUUCAAGCUGAAACCUUCUACAUAUAGACUGGUUGCACCAUAACCACUUCUGAAAGCAGAGGUGAUUAUGGUAGUUGGAGUAACUCUUUAAUAAAAAGCUUAGAUAUUGUGUUAAGAUUUUGGUGUUGCAAUGUUUGGCUUGUAAAAUAUUUAAUUUCCCGUUAUCCGUUAUUUUUCUAACCAAAACAUGUAGAUAAGGUUCUGUAGAACAAAGGAACACCUCCAGCACCAUAACCACUGUUUUAGUAGUCAUGGUUCCAGGAACAUAAAACACCCCUCCCCCACAUGUAAGAAGUCAUACUAUUUUGCCAGUGAUAUGAUAACUACUUACCUGAGGCUGAAGGGUGGCUCCUUUGUUUAGGACUAAACUCCUGCCUGGCCCUACUCUGCUAGGUUAGUUCAGAGCAGCACCUUAUGGCUCCAAAUGGAGGAGGUGACCAGUGCUUUGCUGAUCCCAGAUAAGUUGCUAACAAUUUGACUACUCAUGAGGCACUCCUUGCACCAUAACCACUACAGUGAGCGGGUUCUCCUGCCCUCCUCUCUGCAUGGAAGUCUCUGCCAACUGAAUGCCGGAGAAAGAAUUGACAGGUGUAGAGUGACCUAUUUUUACGAGAAGUGACGUUUCCUCACUCUUUCACCUCAGUAAAUGCCAAUACGUUGACUGGUGUGAACCCAGCAGGGGAGGUAAGUAAAAAGCCUACUUACCUCUGCUGCACUUUCAAAUUCCAGGGAUUUUACCGACCCAUGGUGCCCUGGGUGCACACUUAAGCAUCUAGCAGAGAAGUGAAAUCUAAUGCGCAUUCAAAUUUUAGAAACUUUAUUUUACAAAAAAUGUUGCGUGUUACAUUCGAGUAAAAAAUAUAUUUGGUUGUGUUAAGAGUGAACAAGUGUCCUCUUUAACACCUUAAGGACCAAACUUCUGGAAUAAAAGGGAAUCAUGACAUGUCUCACAUGUCAUGUGUCCUUAAGGGGUUAAGCAGAUUUAAAGAGGACAAUGUACUUUUAAACUUAAUAAAGUUGUGUAUGCUAUAACAGGUACACUUUAAAUACCGGCACACUGUGUUUUCCACCAUACACUAGAAGUCUCUGACAUAUAUUGAAAUUGAGGCUCUGAUUAAACUCUUUAUGUGAAUUUAAAGGAACACUCCAGGUUGCAAAACAAAUGGUUUAACCCUGAAGUUGCCUGCAGCUCUGAUCUCAGCACCCCCCAACGCAGCACCCAGAUAAUGAAAUUGUCACUUCUAGAAGCAUGUUGUGCCGCCGGAGCAAGGGCGCUGCUGAUUGGCUGAGAGCAGUCGGCUGAUGCGCUUAGCCAAUCAGACUCACAAUUUACAAAACUGGUUUGCAAAGAAACGUAGUGUACCUUUUUGCAAGCUAGUUUUGUGUACAUGACUUUUACUUCCAACCAUUCAACUCUACGUAAAAGCUUUGCAGAAGAGCAAUAAAUGGGUUUACAAUAUACAUAUAUAGCAACUAUCACUCACCGUUAUUUAAAACAAACCUACAUGUGCAACACUUCUUUUUUUCUUUUCUUAAAGUCAGAGUGCAAGAUUCCUGUGACAGGUAAUUAGCUUUUACAUUCUUUGAUUUUCUAUAAUGUUUUUAAAAAAAAUCUUUGUAUCUUUUUUCUUAGUACAUUUUCCAAUUUAUCGUCUUAGUUUGCAAAUGUAUUCAAUGUUAAAAUCAUUGGACUAAAAAGAGGAGGGAGGGCGGUAAAUCUGUGUUGGUUUUAUUUUUUUGGUCCCAACAAGUUAAUAUGGUAACUAACCGACCGUCUGUCUACUUCCUUCACAGUGUUUAACUUGCGGGAAGACAUUUAAGAAGCUUUGGUCUCUCCAUGAACAUAAUAAAAUUGUGCAUGGUUAUGCAGAGAAAAAGUUCUCCUGUGACAUUUGUGAAAAGAAAUUUUACACCAUGGCCCAUGUCCGAAAACAUCUGGUUGGUAAGUGAUCGUAGAGUGCAGAUUUAUUUACUUUAUUCAGUAUUCUUUUUUAACCCAUUUCCAGCAUGUCUUGUUAGUGAUAUGGGAAGAUGAAACUUAAUCUCCCUGGCGGUAAUCCCGAGCGUGGCUCAGGGUUAAUUUUCAGUACCAAAAGCAGUAACCCCGAUCCACGCUCUGGAUUACACUGUAGAGCCCCUGGUGUCCUCCCCCCGAUGCCAGCAUCCGUCGCAGUGUUCCCUUUUCCUGCAAGCGCCGCAUGGCAAAACCAGGCAGGAAAUCGUUUUUUUUUUUUUUUAAUAAAGUACACAUACACACAAUACAUUGUAAUACAUUAUAACUAUUUAUACUAUAAUUUAUGAUUACGCGUUUCAAACUUUAUCAUACCCGGGAUGUCUACUAGACUUUUGUUUGGACAGAUUUAAGGGAGUUAUUCCUAAGAAUUACAAGCCUACAAUAUGAAACAACAAAUUUACAUACCAAACAAUGUUCUGCGUUAACAUAAAAAAAUACUGACUUAAUCAGACCGCCAAGGAGGUUAGAGGCACUGCCACCCAAAUAAUUCAUUUCCACAAAUACAUUUAAAACAAUGAUGCCAAUAGAUGUUAUAUAUAGGACACCAAGCUGUAGCAGUUUUUAAAGUGAAAUUACCAGUUGAAAAUCUUUGUUUUAGCAUGGAAGCAGCCAUCUUGCAAAUGCAUAUCUUGAAAUCGCAGUUUUCAAACCCUCCGUGUUAAGCUUCAAUGAUCAUGUGAUGCCAAACAGUCUGUAAUUUGCAGAGGAGCUCAUAGCAUUCCACUGAGCAUUAAACAGGAAAUGGUUAUUUGAACUCUCUAUUGAUUGGUCUGUGCCCAAAGUUAUUGCUAGACAUCAUUUUUACCUUUCUUUCAUUUCUUUAAAUGUUUUUAUGCUGCCUAUUCUCUUCCUUUCGACAGUACCACUUUCAGCUCAUCUAUCUGAUACUCCCUCUGUACAUAUUUAUUGCCAAGUCAUAGCUCACAAUUCAUUGGUCAAUCAAGGUUCUGUCCAGUUCUGCAAGGUUGCACACUCUUAGUUACAUCAGUUGUGUAUUGUGGUUUUGUGCUGCCCUAGGCAUAUUUAUUAAGUUAGAAGUCUUUGGUUGCACACAGCAGCCAUUUACAUUUUAAUGCUGACUUUAAAAAUUCAUUUUGCACAUUUUGUUGGAAAUUGGAUGUGUGGAGUUUAUAGAUCAUACAUGCUAACACUGCAGCACCACUUCUCCCCGCGGAUUUGAGAAUAUAACGUGGCAUAUACUUGAGAAUGAGGAAUUGUUUUUGGUUUUUUUUGUUUGUUUUUUUGCAAAUAUACAUCUUCAGAGGUUCAAUACGUGUGUGAGUGGAUCAUGUACUGAACGGGAAGAAGUUUAACAGCAGUUUGCAAGGAAUCUCACACUGAUUUAAUGUCUAAUAGCACCAUAUUUAAAGCUACGCUACAAGAAAACUUGUAUUUUUGCCACAAUUUGCCACAAAUUCUCCAAUGAUUCAAACCGUAAAGCAAAGUAUUUUACAGCUGAGCUAAAAGAACGCUUAACAUUAACUUUGAAGUUUGUAUGAGCUGCAGUAAGACUGUAGGUAUGUGGUGUGUCUGAGGGUCAUAUUUAAUAAUCAUGAACCCUGAAAAAGUGUGCAAGGUUUAGGGGCGAUUUGAAUCUUACAUAUGGAAUGGAUAUCUUUUGAAAUACAAAAUCGGCCUGGCCCAUGUUUUUGUCUGGUUUAACUUUUAUUUUGUGUUCUCUUGGUGGAGCUUGAAAUGCGCUGGGAUGUGAAUUUAGGGUAAUGGAGAGCUUACAAUAUUUUGGCUGGGCUGUAGAAUUUUUUAAUUCUAAAACUUUGGCUUACAUUUUGCCAGUCUGUUUACUCUAUAUUUAUAACUGUUUAACCCCUUAAGGACCGAGGACGGUUCAGGACCGUCAUCGGCAUUUUUGCCUUGCCGACCGAUGACGGUCCUGAACCGUCCAAACGGUCUGGGGCUACUUACCUGAUCGCCGUCGUUCCCCCGGCGGCGAUCAGUGUUCCUCCGGUUGUGGGGAGACUGCCUGCAGCCCAGACAGUCUCCCCACGGCAGAUUAGGACCCCUGUGGCCAUGUGAUCGCUUAACACAGCGAUCACAUGGUCACAAUAGGUGUCAAUAGUGCUGCCUGCAGGGGGACUGUCUGUGCUGACAGGCAGUCUCCCUGCAACUGUAAAAUCAAUUAAAAAAAUAAAGUUAAUGGUAAUAAAAAAAUAAUAAUAAUUAUAUAUGUAUAAAUAUGAUAUAUAGACAUAUAUUAUAUCUAUAUAAUAUAUGCCUAUAUAUCAUAUAUAUAUAAUGUCAUACUAAGUGUAUUUUUAUAUUAAUAUGUACUUAUAUUAAUAUAAAAAUACACUUAUAAUUAAAUUACACACGUAUAUAUAUAAUAUAUAUAAUAACUAUAUAUAUUGUAUAUAUAUAUUAUUAUAAAAUAUAAAUAAUAAGUAAUUUAAAUUAAAUAAUUUUUUUUAAAAAUAAUAAUAAAAAAUUUAAAAAAAAUUAUAUAACUAUAUGAAAUUUUAUUCUAACUGUAUUUUAAAAUUAAUAUAUAUAUAUUUAUAUCAAAAUACACUUAGAAUGAAUUUGUAUAUAUAUCUAUGUAUAUAAAAAUAAAUAAAAAUAAUAAGAAAUAUACAUACGUCCAUAUACAAAAUUACAUAAAUAAUUAUAUAAAUAUAUACGUAGACUUCAAAUAUAUAAAUAUGCAUAUAUAUUUAAAUUCUACGUGCGUAUUUAUGUAAUAUUUUUACAUAAUUCAGUAAUUUUAUUGAUUGCAAUUUGAGGGACCUGCCUGCCAACCCAGGCCGAAAUUCCAGAGAAUUUAAUUUGCUAGCACUGUAUUUUACCCUGCCUGUAACGUUCUACGACACCCUAAAACCUGUACAUGGGGGGUACUGUUUUACUCGGGAGACUUCGCUGAACACAAAUAUUAGUGAUUCACAACAGUAAAACAUAUCACAGCGAUGAUAUUGUCAGUGAAAGUUACUUUUUUUGCAUUUUUUACACACAAACAGCACUUUUACUGCUUAUAUAAUUGUUGUGAUACGUUUUCCAGUUUUUAAACACUAAUAUUUGUGUUCAGCGAUGUCUCCCGAGUAAAACAGUACCCCCCAUGUACAGGUUUUAUAGCAUUUUUUAACGUUACAAGGUCAAAUAUAUGGGUCAAAUAUUUUUACAUUGAAAAUGGCCAGGUUGGUUACGUUGCCUUUGAGAGCGUAUGGUAGCCCAGGAAUGAGAAUUACCCCCAUGAUGGCAUACCAUUUGCAAAAGAAGACAACCCAAGGUAUUGCAAAUGGGGUAUGUCCAGUCUUUUUUAGUAACCACUUGGUCACAAACACUGGCCAAAAUUAGCGUUCAAUUUAGUUUUUUUUACUUUUUUCACACACAAGCAAAUAUGAAUGCUUACUUUGGCCAGUGUUUUCGACUAAGUGGCUACUAAAAAAGACUGGACAUACCCCAUAUUGAAUACCCUGGGUUGUCUACUUUAAAAAAAAUAUGUACAUGUGGGGUGUUAUUCAGAGAUUUAUGACAGAUAGUGUUACAAUGUCACUAUUGAUAAAUUUUAAAAAUGUAUGUUUUUAAACCGCAAUAUCCUACUUGUACCUAUAGCCCUAUAACAUGCAAAAAAAGCAAAAAAGCACGUAAACACUAGGUAUUUUUAAACUCAGGACAAAAUUUUGAAUCUAUUUAGCAGUUUUUUUCAUUCGCUUUUGUAGAUGAGUAAAAGAUUUUUCAAGUAAAAGUCAAAAAACAUGUAUUUUUUUCAAUUUUUCAUCAGAUUUUUGUAUUUUUUAAAAAUUAAAAUACAUGAGAUUAUAUAAAUAAUGGUAUGUAAAGAAAGCCCAUUUUGUCCUGAAAAAACAAUAUAUAAUUUGUAUGGGAACAGUAAAUGAGAAAGCGGAAAAUUACAGCCAAACACAAACACCACAAAAGUGUAAAAAUAUUCCUGGUCGCAAAUGUACAACAUCGCAAAAACAGUCCAGUCCUUAAGGGGUUAAUGAAUAAACCUUCACCUGGUGAGUAAUAAUCCCACCAAGAAAUCGAGAUGUUUGACAUUUCCCUGUCUCUGUUUUGUGACAGCACACACGAAGGACAUGCCAUUCACUUGUGAAACGUGCGGGAAGUCGUUUAAACGGAGUAUGUCUUUAAAGGUCCACUCGCUGCAGCACUCUGGGGAGAAGCCUUUCAAGUGUGAGGUGAGGCUCUGAGGAAAAGAUGAGGAUUGUUGGCUGCAGGAAUUCAAUAGAUCUGUGAUCCUUCAAGAAAUGUAUUUUGUAUUGGUAAUAUUCUAACAAAAUGUGCUGCGAAAACAGUAGCAAAAUAUGUAGAUUGAAUGCUUAUGCUUCAGUCUCCUGCCAUGUGGUGGCUGCAGAGAUUGCUGCUUUUGCUAUCCUAACCAAGCGCUUGGUGCGGCAGUGUGGGAACCACCGUUUGCGUCACAUGACCUGUGUAUCAAUAUAGGGUUAUCUAUAGGUUUCUAGCAGUGAUUACAGUGAAUAGAUAUUUAUCUGACAACCGGUGUAGUUUACUGUACUUUGUAUUGAAGAAUUGAAAGGAAACAAAAGUAACAUGGAAAUCGCAAAAUACUAAGCACAGAUAUUACUGACGCAUAAUAUAUAUAUAUAUAUAUAUAUAUAUAUAUAUAUAUAUAUAAUUUGUAGUCAGGGCAAUCUGACCGUAAUGAAAAAGGUAACAUAACAUAUUAUAACCAAUAAACAUAUACAAAUGGACACCAUUCGGUUGUGAUGUGCCGGAACCGAGAAAGCAGUAGGCCUGUAAUAAAAGUGGGCAAAAAGAAAAGUACCAUACAAAAUUUAUACACAUAACAAAACAUUGUUUAUUUGGACAAGUCACGAAAAGCUUGUGUUAACUCUUUAACUGGGUUUGGAAUGUAAAGAGUAUAUGCGGAGGGUUUCCAGCGUCCCCUAGCCUUGAUGAUAUGAGCUGGAAUGUGGUUGGAGGAAGCUGCAGAUGCUGCACCUAUACGGAAGGAGUGUCCUGGAAAAAGAUUGCAUUUAGGAAGAGCCUAGUUAAUAGUAAGCAAACUUAAUGCAUGAAUAUAGAUGUCGUAGGGAUGGAGCCAUGAAGUUCUAAUAAUGGUUGGUUGGUUUGGUUGUUACGGGAAGGUGAUGAAAUAUUACUCAGGACACCAUUGUUUUUAGUAGGGAACAGAGUAAUUUUAGGUUAAGGUGGCAAAAUGAAGUGUACCCCAAAAUACAUACCACAGCAAAUAUUACUAUUCUGAGACAAAGUGGCUGGGUACUGGUAGGCUAGCUAGAUGCCAAGCGGCGAAGAAUUAUGCUAUUGAGAACGUGACAGAGGAGUCCCUACUAAUUGCCAAGCGGCAUGAGAGGCGCUACCUAUGCAUUGGCCCGAGGGGAAAUAUGAGGCCACCGAAACGUUGUGGCAGGGUUUCUGCCUCUCAGUGAUAACUAAAGCAUAAGAUAGAAGGGGAGUGACAUGGGAGGCCCUCUCUAUGCAACCAUGCAAGACGGCUAACUAUGAUUUGGCCCAAGGGACGUAUACCUCUGAGUAAGAUGAUGGGUGUUGGCCUCGCAGGACCACUAGCUUAUGGAUUAAGACCAGAAACAGAAACCUAGUUGGACAACCUAAAUCUCAGGAAGCCAGUACCGCUCAACACCUAGAAAAUGUAGAGGGUUAUGACAUCGGACCUGAUAAAGUUUGAGUCAGGCUGAUGCUAAGCGGAAAGAUUUGAACGAGAGGGUGGCAGUAGAUGACGUGCUGCGACCCACGGAUAGGACGUGCAUGAGUAUCUGUGCAUAUGGGCAUAUUGUAGUGGGCCAGAUCGUGGGCCCGAAUUAAAUAAAAGGAACCUACCAGAUACUAUUGGUGAGCAGGGAGAAUAUGACAGGCAGAUGACGGGUUUUGUGUUUGUAAAGCCACCGUCAGUAUGACCAGGGCACCUAAGGAAAGUGAACUGUCAAUGCCCACGAAAUACUAAGUUAUAGUAGUAAAACCUAGCAUAGUUAUUUAACCACAUCAUUAUCCUAAUAAGACAAAUAUUCUGACAAAGUUGUGAAAAUAGUUAUUUGAAAAUCAUAAGCUAAAUUCCUGUAAUGAAACCUGUGGAAACAACAUCAAGACAAAAGUCAGCUAUAUAUUGAUAUAUACAUGACCCCUUUAUAUAUAUAAACCAGUCUAAAUUAUAUACAAAAGCCACAACACAUAUAAGGAAAACCCGCCACAAGAGUAAAGCAGAGGUUGCGUGAUUGUCUAAAGUGAUACGUGAUGUGUCUGAGGUGAAUCGUGGGAAUAAAGAUAGUAACGAGAAAAUAAUGAUCUACCCUACGGAUGAUUCCCAUGGCAAAAAUUGAGUGACCCCUGUAGCGAUUGAAGGUAUUUGCGGUUGCAAGAACAAAGUUAGAAGUAAUGUUCAAUGCUUGAUAAGGUGCGCUCAAUCUUAUCCUGGGGAAGACUAGCUUGCAUGUGGAUAGAGUCCAAUUGGUUCCCCAAAAUUGCAUGCUGGUGUCAGGAUCUAAAGUCUUGUGAGGGGAGACCGGGAUAGCCAGGGACUUAAAGAAGAGCCAGUAUGUGUGUAAGGUCGCUAGGGAGGAGGGUAUUGGUUUCAAUCAUGAGAAAAAUGUCCAGGUAGUGAAUAACGGAUGGACAUCUGCACAUAUUGAGCAAUAACCAACACAAAGUUCCGGCAACCAUGUCAAAAUCUAUUGGGCUGCCUUAUGGAGCCAGAAGUGAGUUGUGAGAAAAAUGAAAUAAAGCCCCUGCCAUUUAACUGUCAUGCAGAUGCCACAGUGAAAGGUGAAUGGGAAGCAGCUUAAAAGCGUUACCAAUGUCUGUUCUACUGAGCCAUGCGCCUGUACCAGCCACCAAAUAGGCCCAAAUGACAUUGUCGAUAGUGACAUAUGUAAGGAAAAUCUGUCGGUGGGUAUGAGGGAAUUAAGGCUGGGAAUGGUGGAGAAUGCGGUGCAGAUAAGUCUAUGAAUAGUCUGCUAUAAGUGAAGUGUUCCCCGUGACAACCCCUAUGUGAUGGUUUCCCAAGAUGUGAAAGGUGGGGAACCAAAAAUCCCCACAAAACCCUUGAUCUACUUCAGUCCUUAUAAGUGUACACACUAACUUUGUGACUGUUAACUUGGUUUGCAAAUUAUUGCCUUCUAGUGUCCCAUUUGGCAAAAUUGUACCCAAACCGUGCGGAACACCUCGGACAGCCCUAUGAUGAUACAUUUAACCAAAUGCUGUGAGGGAUGGUGUUGUAAAAGUGUAACCAAAACGUGACGUGAUGCUGGUGUGGUGAUUUUGAGGAAACUUUAUUCGGACACAUGGAUUUUUGCAUGAGCCCGGAAACCAUGAGAACAAACAUGUAACAAUCUACCUGAACUAACCCACAAUUGCCUGUGAAAUCGCACCUGAUAAGGUUUGAGUCAAGACGAGAUUCUAUGCAGAAAUCUAGUAACGAGAGGGUGGUAGUAGAUACGUGCUGACACCCAUAGAUAAGAUGUGACGAAUAUGUGUGCAUAUAGAGUUAUGUGAGUGGGCCCGAACAAUAACAGGAAACCUACCAGAACCGGUAGAUGAGUAAUGAAAAUAUGACAGAGGCAGAACAUCUAAUUGUAGUGCUAGUAAAGCCACCGUCCUGAAUGACCAAGGCCCUAAAGAAAUGCGAGAUGUUAAUAUCCAUUAAAAUACAACUUUCAGUGAGUACAACCCAAAACCACAUAAUCAACCUAAUAAGGCCAAGUAUAUGAGAAAAGUUGUCACAAAAUCUUAAGCUUAAUUCCUGCAAUGAAAGCUUGUGGGAACAUCAUGACAAAUGUCAGCUAAAAUUAAUUAAACAGCCGAAUACAGUACAUUCAAAUAGCCACAAAUAAAUCCCUUUUAAAUGUAAGCUGUGAGAACCAUUCUAACCAAUGGGGGCAUAUGACUUAAACCAGGCCAAUCGACUGUAUUCGUGAACCAACAUAAAAUCCAGCAAAUAACUGCCGAAAGGGGGGGAAUCAUGUGUACAGAAUAAGGCUAUAAUUAUAAUCGCUUGCAUGUGCCCUAAAAUGAACAAUCUCAUAACCAGCAACAUACUGCCCAAGGAGGAGGGAACCCCUGUAUGGAAUAACGGUUUCACUUAAUCAUUCGUAUGUUUAGCCAACAUGAUACAAUUCGUAUGCAAAUCGGCUUAAAAGAACCCAAAUGAACGUGCUGUGUGGUGAACCGACAAUGGCUGCAUUUGUGAGGUUAUGUGGUGAGUGAGCGUGCUAACCAGUUCAGGAAAAUGAUGAACAUAGUCACAAGCAACAUAAAAGAGAAAAAAAUACAUGACCCCUUUGAUAAAUUGUUGAUAAGGAUGUAGGAGCUAUUACAGACCCCUUGGGUUAUAUAUACACCUGACAGAGGAACCUUACUAUAGACAGCAAUACUAAGUUAAACAUAAUCACAGUUAUUACAUGAUAUUACGUAAUCAGGCCACCAGGUGGCGACAUGACUUUAAUCAACCCGAUACCUUUUAAAAAGAAUGGCUGGAUUUAACUGAACUAAAGGGGAAUGAAGGUGCAGCUAUUAAUAAUGCUCUAGUAGAGCUGAACAGAAUUGCCGAACGUGAAUCAUGCGAACUGCAUUGAAGUGACUAGGCUUGCCGAACACACCCACAAGAUAAACAAACGUACACGUGGUGAGUCUGGGGUGUAUGGGGUGGGGGUUUAAGUGCGAGGGGACUAGCUGAUGCACAGUGCCUGGAGAACCUUGUGAGAAGGAGGCGGGGGGGGGGGGCGAGCUACUGACCCGACGGCGUGCUAAGAGGCACCCGACGGGGAAACAUACUGUACCGAUCAGCCUCGUGGACCUCACCAGCUCCUGGCAGCAGGACCUCUGGAAUUGCGACAAGGACCUUUCUCAGAAUCAACGCGGGUAGAAGAGGAGCCAGGACCAUGAGAGAAGACAGGUAAGAAAACCAAGAUGGCGGUCGGACCGGAAGUGACUCGCCAGACAAUCCACGAUAAGUUGGGAGUGGAUUGUCAUCCCUUUUAAGGGGAAAUCAAGCCCCUCCCACAACUACAGGCAAAGCCUUAAUAUAUAUAUAUAUUAUAGUGAAAGUAAUGCCUUUCCGUUUCCAUUAUUUAUAACACAUGGAAAACUGUCUUCCUUUGUCUCAUAGUGACUAGUUCUGAUGCCUUCUUUAAAAGAGGGUGGACCUGUCCAUUAAUUACAUCUUUAUUUUAGCUUGUCGGGUAUUGAGCGAAUUAGAUAUACACUAAUCCUCAAUUACCAUCAAUACUUCAUGUCUUGUCUGUGUCCCCAUUAGAACAAAUUUGCCAGCCUCCGUGAAGGCUGUUUUGGCCUUUCUCCUAAGGGUUCUUGGCAAAGCUCUGUGUCAGAUUACUUUUGGGGAACUGAUCUGUUUUAAUAUAGGUUUGGUCCGAGAUCACCAAGAGUAAUGUCUUGUACCUUUUAUAAUGUUCUUUUUCUGCUUCCGGUAGAACUGCCAUGAACGUUUUCAAUACAAAUACCAGCUACGAUCCCACAUGAGCAUCCAUAUUGGACACAAGCAAUUCAUGUGCCAAUGGUGCGGCAAAGAUUUCAAUAUGAAACAGUAUUUUGAUGAACAUAUGAAGACCCAUACCGGUAAGGAAAGUAAGGAAAUUCAUUUAAUAUUGUUUUUUUUACAUUCCUUCUGUCCGGUCAGUCUCCACUCAUAUCUUCAUUCCCUGUAUCUUGCUAAUUCCUAUCCUACAUCCUCCUGGCCUCGCCUUUACUUCCUGCGUCAACCCGGCCCUUUCCCUCCUGCUCACUCACAACCCGGCCCUUUCCCAACUUUCCCUCCCUGCGACCCCUGCCUUUUCCAACUUUUCCUCCCCCGCGUCCCCUGCCUUUUCCAACUUUCCCUCCCUGCGGCCCCUGCCUGCUCCCUCGCGGCUCUUGCCUUUCCCUCCCUGCUCCCUCGCGGCUCUUGCCUUUCCCUCCCUGCUCCCUCGCGGCUCUUGCCUUUCCCUCCCUGCUCCCUCGCGGCUCUUGCCUUUCCCUCCCUGCUCCCUCGCGGCUCUUGCCUUUCCCUCCCUGCUCCCUCGCGGCCCUUGCCUUUCCCUCCCUGCGGCCCUUGCCUUUCCCUCCUGCUGGCCCUUGCCUUUCCCUCCCUGCUCCCUCGCGGCUCCCGCCUUUCCCUCCCUGCUCCCUCGCCGCUCUUGCCUUUCCCUCCCUGCUCCCUCGCGGCUCUUGCCUUUCCCUCCCUGCUCCCUCGCGGCUCUUGCCUUUCCCUCCCUGCUCCCUCGCGGCUCUUGCCUUUCCCUCCCUGCUCCCUCGCGGCUCUUGCCUUUCCCUCCCUGCUCCCUCGCGGCUCUUGCCUUUCCCUCCCUGCUCCCUCGCGGCUCUUGCCUUUCCCUCCCUGCUCCCUCGCGGCCCUUGCCUUUCCCUCCCUGCUCCCUCGCGGCCCUUGCCUUUCCCAACUUUCCCUCCCUGCUCCCCCUGCCUUUCCCAACUUUCCCUCCCUGCUCCCCCACGGCCCCUGCCUUUCCCAACUUUCCCUCCCUGCUCCCUCACGACCCCUGCCUUUCCCAACUUUCCCUCCCACACGUCCCCUGCCUUUUCCAACUUUCCCUCCCUGCGUCCCCCGCCUUUCCCUCCCUGCUCCCUCGCGGCUCUUGCCUUUCCCUCCCUGCUCCCUCGUGGCCCUUGCCUUUCCCUCCCGGCCCCUGCCUUUCCCAACUUUCCCUCCCUGCUCCCUCAUGGCACCAGAAUUGCUCUUCCUGCUCAUGGCCCAAUUUGCUCUCCUGCUUCACACCUCUGGCCUUAAAAUCUACAGAUGCCAGAAAGAACCAGAGAAGAAGUUAAUGGCAUCUUCAUCCUUAAUUUUAAACCUUCUCAAUUCACUCUGCUCCUGUGCAGUGCUUUAGUUGGGAAGCCUUUGCUGCUUAUUCUCACUAUUCUGCCUUUUUUUUGUUUGUUUUUUAAUAUACUCACUGGCUCCAUCUAUAGGCCAUCAUCCAUAUUGCAUUUGUAUACCCUGUCAGCGCUGAAGAACAGUAUUGGCUUGUCCAUUACAUUUGACCUCUGGCUGCACUAGAUCUCCCAACGGAGUCUGUCUGAGAGUGAAAUGAGUUGUGAUUCGUCAACAACUGUGUCCUACCACAUGGCCAGGUUUUCUUUGUUUUUGUCAAAGAAGCCUUUGUCACCCAAUGGCUGGCUGAAUGAAAUGAGUUGCAGAGCUCUCUUUAAUGUAGCCAGCUUUGCAGGCAGGUAAUGUUCUGAGUGUUGAAUAGUCUGCUCUAUGUAAUUAGUUUUGAGAGUUAACAUGGGGUGAAAUUACCUUUUGGUUUAAUUAAAGGACCACUCUAGGCACCCAGACCACUUCAGCUUAAUGAAGUGGUCUGGGUGCCAGGUCCUUCUAGGGUUAACCCAUUUUGUCAUAAUUAUAGCAGUUUCAGAGAAACUGCUAUAAUUAUGAAUGGGUUAAGCCUUCCCCCAAAGCCUCUAGUGGCUGUCUCAUUGACAGCCACUAGAGGCGCUCUAAUAACUCACUGUGAUUUUCACGAGUGAACCGCUCAGCGUCCAUAGGAAAGCAUUGUAAAUGCUUUCCUAUGUGACAGACUGAAUCUUGUAGCGCUGCACGCGUCUUCAUUCAGCCGGCCAGGCGGGAGGAGGAGAGCUCUCCGCGGCUGGAAAAAGGUAAGUUUUUACCCCUUUCCCCCUUCCAGAGCCGGGCGGGAGGGGGUCCCUGAGGGUGGGGGCACCCUCAGGGCACUAUAGUGCCAGGAAAACGAGUAUGUUUUCCUGGCACUAUAGUGGUCCUUUAAGGAAGUCAUCCUUUCUCACCAUUGAUUUUAUUACAUCAACCUUUCCAGUACUGCUUGUAUUGCAGACAUUCGUAGAUUGUGAUGGCGGUCGAUGUGUAAUGGCCUUUUACCCUUCCCUUUUAUUACAAAUGAACAUCAAUUUAAGUAAUCCUCUGUGUGGGUAUAAUGCCCCCAAACAUUGGGUUUAUUUCAUACAUUUAUUUUAGCCUUAAGCCAAAUUCUUUCUUUCUUCAUAGAAACACAAUGUGCAAAGAUAGUUUGUAUCUGUCUCCCACUUCCAAAAGCAAGUCGCAGAUUCCCAGCUGGAGACCCACACACAAUAUUUUACGAUUGAAUGUGAGACCCCGAAGAAUAGUCUGUAGUUCGUUAUGGGAUUAAAUGAAUGAAAUCGGCUCUUGCAUAUCACAGUAAGCCAGUGACUGUCCGUAAUGCCAGCAUUCCUCACUUAUUUGACAUAUUACAGGGUUUUCUGAUAGCAGUGGGAUGCCAAGGAUUAGCAGUGAUCUCUCAGCCAUUUCCUUGUUGAGAAGGUUAAGGUACUGGGCAGAGAAAGCAUGCGCGCGUGUGUGUGCGUGUCUCUCUCUCACCCAGCAGGAACGCUCCCAUUUAUAAAUAGACUGCUUGGUUUUGUGGUAAUAAGCUCUGCGAUGUCUGAGGCCAGUAUAAAUGUUGUGUGUUUAGUGUUUAUUGGAGCUCUCAAAGUUUGUUUUUAAAUAUAUAAUGUUAUUUUGUUCCAGCCAAUACCUUCAGUGCUGUUUGGGAUUACACUGCUCUUACACAUUUUCCAGAUUUUUUUAUUUUUUUUUAUUUUUUUUUUUUUAUUAUUAUUUAUUUUAUUUUUUUUAAUUAAAUUUAUUUAUUUUUUCUGGUGAGGUGGAGUAUGUGUAGCAAAGGAUGUUAUCAUGUAAAGGGAAAUUUUCAUCAAACAAAAACCCAACCAGGCUAAUCCGGUCUUGUAUUUACUACUCAGUGGGCCUUCUGAGAUUGUUACAUUCUUUGGGGGAUCCCUUGUUCAAACAAAGGAGGAUUCCCACUUAAAUUAUGUACCCUGGCCAUGCUGUCCAGGAGUUUGGGUGUGAAAGGGGACUGCCAAAAAAAAAAAAGUCCAUGAAUUUGAUUGUGGGUUUAAAAACAUUAUAUAAUGCAUGAAAAUUUCCCUUUGUAAUAUAAGCUUUGUGCGAUGGGGUGUUCCACUCCAGGCAAACACAAGCAUCCCCCAGGAUGCGACUGUGUGUAUUGUGUUCAAGUCUUCCGUGUGACCAGUGUCUGCCCCAUCCCUGUCCUUUCUAAUCUUGUAGGAGAGAAACCAUUCAUCUGCGAGAUCUGUGGAAAGAGUUUCACCAGUCGGCCUAAUAUGAAGCGCCACCGCAGGACGCACACCGGAGAGAAACCCUACCCUUGCAACGUGUGUGGCCAGCGAUUCCGCUUUUCCAACAUGCUGAAGGCCCACAGGGAAAAAUGCUUCCAGGGUGGCAAUCCACCAACUCCCGGCAGCCCUGGCACUGCCGCGAGCCUCUCUGCUUCCUCCCAGAGCGGCAAUUCACCUGGUCAGUCAAGCCCAGGCCUUUCCCCAACCUUGCCACAGCACCCAUUGUCUCUGCCUUUGCUCCACUCUCUACCCCUUGGCAUGCCACCACCAGGACACCAUCUGCCUCCGCCCCCACCCCUCUUCCCCGCAGGCCGCAUUAACUCCAACAACAACUAGAUCUCCCCUGGACUGGCCUGGAAUAUCGAAGUGCCCCUCCAGACCACGCUGUGGAAUCACAGUUGUUUUGUGAUUUCUGUUCCCUCUCCUAGUUCAGCAUCCGUCUCAGGCUUGGGGUAGAGCAGGACAAUGAACAGUCUUUGUGAUUUCUGUUGCACCCACAGAGCUAGUUCCCUCCUCUACAUGCAGCGAGAACUUUGAUAUAUUGAAGUAGAAAAAAAGGAGAAAAUGCUAAGUACUGUGCUUUCUAUUUUUGUGCAUAUUAGAUUUUUUUAAUGUUGUCACUCUGCUUUUUUGCUCAUCUUAAAGUGUGUAUGUAUGUAUGUCUUUAUGCAUGUGUGCGUUCACAUACAAGGUAAAACAUGCAUUGUGCGCACACGUGCAUUUUUAUUUCCUGUAUGUUACUAAGCAUUCUGUACAAAGAGAGGGGUGAGGGGGUCAUUUGGUAUCGUUCAUUGAGGAACAGUUGGAGAAUGGUGGAUGUUUACAGAAAGCGAGUUCACAUUUCAAAUGGUCUCUAGGCAACUCUGGCUCUGUUUCUCUGCGUGACAGAGCUGCCCCUCAGUAUAUGGAGGAAUGCAUGUGUUGCAGAGGACAAUAAAAUCACCAUCUGAUUGUAUGCCAUUUCCACCUAGCCUGGGCCAGUAAUGGCCAACCUUCGUAGCCCAUGGAUUGCCCUCCUCCCACCGCCUAUAAAUGCUUUUCACAUAGUUCCUUGACUUUUUUCUAUUCUGUUGCAGACUACUGCAUUGUAACUUUCCACAAAUAAAGGGAAGGGGCUUUUUUUUUUUUCACAUGUUGUGGAUGGUAGAAUUUUGGCGAAUGUUUGGAUAGUGUUUUAAUCUACGCAUUAUGCUGCAAAAUGGCAAAAUUGGAGAUUACGCUACAGAUUUACUUAAUAUUGUCUUCUAACAGCAGUAUACAGUUCGCACAAUGCACUGUGUCUUCUCCCAGAGUGCAUUGCAUGCACUCACAUGCAAUGCUCUCUGUGUGUUCAUUCAGAAGGUGAAGAUGAGAACAGCAGAUGCAGGUUUUGUUUUUGUUUUGUUUUUUUAUUGCCAAAUACACGAAUGUGUAAAAUAUGUGUUUUACCAUUUUCUUGUAGUCCUGUUUAUGCUAUAACUUCCUUUGAGUCAUUUGGAAAUUCUGUCUAUUCUGCUGACUCCCUGGAGAUAGUUUAAUAAUUGAUCCCUAAUUAGGACCCACCUGAAUUGCUCAUUAGACUGGUGAUUGUAGAGAAAUACCAAGGAAAUUACAAAUUCUGAGCCAAAAUAGAUGAAGUGGAACAUUUCUCCAGCUUCCCUAAAUUGUUUAAAAAAUGCAGUUCCGUUGUCAAUUCUCCAUAGUUACUUUAUUGACGUACAAACCCCAUUAAAUCGUCAUACAAUAGGCUUUGAAAAUAAUCAGAUAAUCUGUGACAGUCAGUCAGCAGCUGACCAGGUUAUUGGUUAAAAUGAAAACGUUAACUUUAGUUUAAAGAAGAAAAUAAUUUAAAUUGGAAAAAAGAAACCUAGGUAAAGUAACUUACAGGCUCCUGCAUUUUUGUAAAUAUGUAUUCUCCGUUAAGAGAAUUUAUUUGAAUAUGGGUGCUACGUUAUUUUAAAAGAAUUCCUCUUGAUGUCUCUUUGCUGUGAAUCGUUCCAUGACAAUGUGUCGAUCAAUGUACUCUACCGAGGACUGCAACCUUUCGGGAAUUUGUGUGCACCCUCGUGAUUUAGGUUUUUAAGAACUCUCCCACAAACAGAGAUCGGGCAUCGUUUUUAUCAAACACAUCUGAUUCAGCUCUUCAUAUAUAAAAAUAAAAUGUAAGUUAAGGUUAUAGUGUAUGGCGUUUUGUUUUAGCAGACAGAAACCAAUUCAUAAUUUACGUUGAUAUUUGAUCUAUAAGCUGGCAUUGUGCGAUGAGUCUGGUACAUUCAUUUACAAACUAUGUGAAAAGAUGGCAAAUGUGACAAAAGCAUUUUUUUUUUAAAUUAAAAUAAAUUGUUGAUGAGGAGUCAAUUUUAAAAAAAAAGCGAGAAUCUGUAAUUAAAUACUUCUAACUAAUGUGUAACUUAGCUGAUUUUUCCAUUUUACAUCUUUCUUGCUAGACAUUUAAAUAUAAAUGCUAUGCAUACUAAUUGUUCAGCAAUCUGAAGAUUAGAAAUUAGCGCACCAAGUUUAGUAGGUAUCUGUAUUUACAAUGCUCCUUUAGAAGCGUGUAAGCUUUGUGUACAAGCCCAACGUUAAAGCUUAUACAAGAUUAUUUCUACAGCAUUCUAUAAUUUCUAGUUUAUUAAAUUAAUUUUACUUCGCUGAUACGAUACCUCUUUUCAUUACAAAUGUACAUUAUUACAGUUGUACAGAGUAUAAAUCUACCUAAUUUCUUCUAUGGCAAGGGACAAUAGAUUUUCUUCAAUAUGAUCAUUUGUAAGUGGACAUCGCAUGAAGUACUGCCUUGCUGUAUGUAGAAUUCAAAUGUUACAGGAAGGAAACAAAGGCAUCCUAAAAUAACUGUCUUGAUUUCCCUUCUGCAGCAUAUGAGUGCUAUAUACCACCUGUCAGCACAUGUGAUGACCAUUAGAGUAAAAUAAAUUGUGUGUGCUGGAAUGUCUGGUGAAUGUAGUCAUGCAUCCGAUCUGCAAUACACCAAGACUAACCUCCACGUUUAAGGGCUAAUCUUGCAGGGUCAAUGUUUUACUUGUUUGAUUUUCUUAUGAUUGCAAACUGACAGCUUGAUUUUUUUUAUAUAGAUUAUAUCAAAUUUUAUAUUUUUAAUCCAAACAUUCAGGACUGGAAGGUCUGUGUCUGUUUUUUGCUUUUGUAGCCGUUUCUUCCCUGUGCCUCUUCAUCAUUAAUCUUGUUCCCUAAUCCAAAGCACUUUAGGAAGUGUUUUGCUUAUUUGAAAGGCUUUAAAUUGCACCGAUGUGUGGCUUUUUUUUUUUUACCAAUUGUUUUUAAUACAUUUUAUAUUGGGGAUUAAUGUCUCCAACAUUGAAGCUAGUUUGCCCCAUCUACCUGCUGCUUUCUAAGUUUUGUACUGUAUUCCCGUAUGAUGUCACACAUAGGAAGUUGAGGUGAGCAAUGUGUUAUAUUUCUCUAUUCCCAGAUAACCUUUGCUGUAAGAAGGAUUAAUAAGUGUGUGUGUGUGUGUGUCUCAAAAGAAAAUUGUCCGAGCAUCUCUUUGCUCACCACAAAGACCUCCAUCAUUUUAAACAGUAUGGUCAAUGUAGCUAUAGGUAUGAAUAAUGCAAACUCUGCACCAGAUAGUAGAUUUGUGCACAAUUCCCGUUCAGCUGCACUAAACGAGUCCAGUGCGUUGUAAUCAUUAGACUAACAUAUCCAUUCGUUCAUCCAGCGAUUAACACAGCUGAACAGGAUUCAUGUACAAGUCUAUCCGAUAAAACUGCAUUUUUCCUGCACCUUUCUCUGUCAAAAUCUUGAACAGUUUACUGCUUUAAACAGAUUGAGGGGGGUGGGGGGUAUUUUGUAUGUUGAUUUAAUUUUGGUGGAAGGGAGCUACUUAUUAUUGCACUACAGUAAAUAGUGAGUCCAUUGGGUUGAAGUGGACUUGUUUUGUUUUUGUUUUGUUGACCAACUCCUAAAUUCUACCAUGUAAAUCUUGCAAUGUUUAUCUUUAGAAAUGAUACCAACUCAUCUCCUCCUCCUCGCUUUGCUCUGUCAAACUCUGUAAACUAUUUAUGGCUUCUAACAACCCAAAGGAUGUUUAGACAUUUUCUCCAAUCUUUUUCUAAUGACAAUAUAUCACUGAGCUGGACAAUGCUGCUUUGUUCAACGUUAAAAGGACAUCCAAGGACUGGGUGAGAUUGGGGCUCUUCUAUGGUUCAAUGGACUUUUGGACAGUUGUGAUGAAGUGUACUAGCCCAACUUCUGAUGUUCAAUCUCUUUUCUUCAAAACAAAUUUCGCAUUGUUACCCUCCCACAGCAUUCAGGUUAAGACGGCAUUUAGUCUUUUCCUGUUUUUCAACUGGCACGUACCCCGUAACUAGUGCAAGUCACUCUGGCAAGAGACAGAUACCAAGGAUGAGCAUUUGUCCACUUACAAAGGAACUACUGUGUACAGAUUAAAAACCCUCCAUUGUUCAUUGUGCCCUAUUCCGAUUGUUUAGAAGUUGGUCCCAGGAAACUUGACAUAAGUGAAUGCAAAGCAUUCUGGGAGUAGAUGCGAAAGAGGUAAUAAAAAGGUGACCUCUGUAUAGCGUUCAACUUCUCCUUUCUUUUGUAGAUAGGAUAAUCUCAGCAACACUAGAUAUUGUUGGAAAGAAAAAUUGUCAAUAUUUCCCUACUAUAUGAAACUUUUUCACUAUAUCAUAAGCUUACAUUUUACAGCAUUUUGCUGUAUCACUGUAUUAUUGAACGUUGCAGUUUUAAUGUCUUUACUAGUGCUUUCAAGUGGAAAGACAUAAUUAGAAGAGAUAGCAGAACAAAAAAAUGUAGUCGUAGAAUUUGUUAGUGAGAAAUUUCUUGUCCAGAGCACAAUUGUAGACGACGAAGUGUGUGGAGAUUCAGAAUUUAAACCACUUGCCUAUUGCCAAUCUCAAAAAAAAAAUAAUAAUAAUUUUGUUCUUUCCUUUUUAAAUAGCUAUAAAAUUCUUUGACAAAAUAAAAACUACAUUUGAACAUUUU